AUGGCAGAAGGAGGAGAUGGAGAGGAGGAGAUUCAGUUCUUACGUACGGUGAGUGAUGCUCGAUUCUUUUAGUUCUAUUCGUUUUGAUUGUAACUGAUAAAGGCUAUGAGAGAAACCAUGCUGCAGUAUAGCUACAAUAAGUAUAACUUGUUGUCCAAUGUAUUAACUUUCAUACGUUUUGUUAAUGGCUUCCCUUUGACUUUGGAAAGACCAGAUUGACAUGGACAGGUGCUGGGUUUGUCUGUAUUGUUAUCUAUUUAUAUAGCAGAGGAGCUUGAUAUGUUGCUGUUUGGUAGUUGGGCAGCUUGCUGGAUGCCAAGUAACAGCUGACGCUGGCUAAUAGAAAUGCAUGAAAACGAGUGUAGUGAUACAAGAAACUAAGAAUGAUGAACAAAAGAUGCAUACGAAUUGGGUUGAUUCUUGUAAUGGAAUGUGAAAUCAGAUUUUGAAGAACGACUUGAUUAUCAUAUUGGUUUUAACUUUUAGGUGCAGUAAUAUGGGUUUACUGACACAUCAGGUCAUGAGAUGGCAGUAUGAUGGAAAGGAGUGGUAGGUUGCGUUGGUGCAUCAGAUCAUUUGGCCCAGUCAAGAAAAGGCAAAUCUUCACAGCAAUUUAGUGACUGACUACUGCACAUUUUGACACCAUCGAGACCAGCAUGCUAAAGAUGCUGAUUUCCACACUGUUCAUCUUCUGAAUGUUGAAGAGGUAUUGUGUUCGACACAUUUCCCUAAUGGUGUUUUAUGACCUGUUCUUAGAUGGAAUUCAGUCUUCACCUGUACAGUAAUUAGAGUGAAACAAAAGAAAUGUACCAACUCUAAGCACUGAUAUUUAAUGGAACUGGCAUUGGCAUACUGUGUUAGAUACUGUACGCAACAUUAUUUUCAAAGUGACCAUAUCUCUCUCAAAGACUACCUGUAUGCUACAUUGACUGUACAAUCACAACAAGACAUUGACAUAGAACAUGGCAUGCAACAUGCCUUUCUGAAACGGGCUCUCUGUUUUGGUGUAGUUUUUAUGCAGUGCUCUUUUCCUCAGUAGGGACUCAAAUACUGACGUGAGUGAGGCGAAAUCAUAUUUCAAAGGCUUUUAUAUAACAUGUAUUGCUGUGUCAAGCCUGAGUGAUGCCAUGCAGAGAUGGGAUGUUGGGUGUAUUCGUGGAGCUAUUAAUCACCACAGAACACAACCACUUUAUUUGUAUCAUGCCUGCUCCAUUGCCUCUCUGCUUUGUUAAAGGUCCAGUGCAGCUGUUUUCAUAUCAAUAUCAAAUCUAUUUUGGGUAACAAUUAAGUGCCUUACUGUUAUUCUUUUUGCCCAUUUUAAUUGAAAACAAACAAAAAUAGCUUCUUAAUAAAGAGCAAUUUCUCUAGCAAUGAUUUUUCUAGGACUGUCUGGGAGUGGUCUGAGUGGGGAGGGGGAAAUGGAAAACUAGCUGUUAUUGGCUGAUACGUUUGGGGUGGCAGGUAGCCUAGUGGUUAAGAGUGUUGAGCCAGUGACGGAAAGGUUGCUGAUUCGAAUCCCUGAGCCGACUAGGUGAAAAAAUCUACCCUUGAGCAAGGUACUUAACCCUAAUUGCUACUGUAAGUCGCUCUGGAUAAGAACGUCUGCAAAAUGACUGAAAUGUAAAUGUUAUUGGUCUAUUCAUUUAAUCACCAGGCAGGCCAAAACUCCAUCCCACCAUAACAGGCUGAAAUUUCAGGCAGUCUUUUCAAACAGCUCUUACACUGAAAGGGCAUUAUUAUCAUUAUCACAAUUUCACAGUAUUAUUAAUUUACAUUACAUUUACAUUUACGUCAUUUAGCAGAUGCUCUUAUCCAGAGCGACUUACAAAUUGUUGCAUUCACCUUAUAGCCAGUGGGAUAACCACUUUACAAUAUAUAUAUUUUUUUGGGGGGGGUGGGGUAAGGGAUUACUUUAUCCUAUCCCAGGUAUUCCUUAAAGAGGUGGGGUUUCAAAUGUCUCCGGAAGGUGGUGAGUGACUCCGCUGUCCUGGCUUCGUGAGGGAGCUUGUUCCACCAUUGGGGUGCCAGAGCAGCGAACAGUUUUGACUGGGCUGAGCGGGAACUGUGCUUCCGCAGAGGUAGGGGAGCCAGCAGGCCAGAGGUGGAUGAACGCAAUGCCCUCGUUUGGGUGUAGGGACUGAUCAGAGCCUGAAGGUAUGGAGGUAUUCCAACCUCAUAGAGUGGAAAUAUACACAGAGUAUACAAAUCUUUCCAUGACAGACUGACCUAUGAUCCCUUAUUGAUGUCACUUGUUAAAUCCACUUCAAUCAGUAUAGAUGAAGGGGAGGAGACAUGUUAAAGAAGGAUUUUUAAGCCUUGAGACAAUUGAGACAUGGGUUGUAUGUGCCAUUGAGGGUGAAUGGACUAGAUAAAAAAUGUAUGUGCCUUUGAAUGGGGUAUGGUAGUAGGUGCCAGGUGCACCGGUUAGUGUCAAGAACUGCAAAGGGGGGGGGGGGCAACUCAAUAUUAGGAAGGUGUUCCUUCUGUUUUGUAUACUCUGUGUAUACUGAGUGUACAAAGCAUUAGGGACACCUUCCUAAUAUUGAGUUGCUCCCCCUUUUGCCCUCAGAACAGCCUCAAUUUGCCAGGGCAUGGACUCUACGAGGUGUCUCAAGCGUUCCACAGGGAUGCUGGCCAAUGGUGACGCCAAUGCUUCCCACAGUUGUGUCAAAUUGGCUGGAUGUCCUUUGGGUGGUGGACCAUUCUUGAUACACACAGGAAACUGUUGAGAGUGAAAAACCCAGCAGUGUUGCAGUUCUUGACACAAACCGGUGUGCCUGGCACCUACUACCAUACCCUGUUCAAAUGCACUUAAAUCUUUUGUCUUGCCCAUUCACCCUCUGGCACACAUACACAAUCCAUGUCUCAAUUGUCUCAAGGCUUACAAAUCCUUCUUUAACCUGUCUCCUCCCCUUCAGCUAUACUGAUUGAAGUGGAUUUAACACAUGACAUCAAUAAGGGAUCAUAGCAUUCACCUGGUCAGCCUAUGUCAUGGAAAGAGCAGGUGUUCCUAACGUUUUGUACAACUCAGUGUAUCUUUAAACACAGGCAAAUCACAUGUUUGACUGCACUGGGCCUUUUAAGUCUGUUUAGUGAUUCCCUCAUGAUCAUUACUUGAGUCGGUUAGAUUCUUAUAGGAGUUUAAUUGGAGAGCCGCUGACAUGUCAUUUAUUGUAGAAGUACAGUACAAACUAUGAACAUAAAGUAAUGUAAAGAAAUCUACUGUAUUCAUGUAUGCAUUUGUGUAUAUCUGUGAGUAUACCAUGGCUAUGUUUAUAGCAGUGUGUUGAAGAUGAUGCUCUCGCCAAAGAAGUGAACCAUCUUGAGUUGGUCAGCUGAAUGUGGAGGUGUGAGAAAGGUCACUUGCGUUGAUGCUGUUCAUCUUGAACUCUGCUGAGUUCUAUAUUUACAGAGUCUUGGGAUUAGCAGGUUUAUAGCCAGGGCCAUUGGAGCACCUGUUUAUUUCUGUCCCUAUGAGAACUGUACUCACCCUACACAUUGAGUAUGAUGAAGUGCUUUUGUUUGUAUUAUCUUUGCCAGGUUAGAGUGAUGGCAUCGUGUUCUGAUAGUUUUGGUAUAGUUGACAGUGGUAGUACUAGUACAAAUUAACUAAAGUUCACUGAAUUGUACAGGACUGUAGGCUUUAUAAAAGGUUUGUUACAAUGGCUUAUCAGUGUCCACUGUUCUUCUGUCAUGACUAAGGAGUAUGUUUCUUUGGCCACUUUUGGCUGGUUUCUAUGGUUAACAUUGGCCAGGUUUAGUGUGUCUUGAGCUGUCAGCCUAAGAAUAAUAGUUUGACACCGGUCUGUCUGUCUCACUGCUCUCUGUGUGAGUGCAUUACAAAUUAUUAUGCCAGGCUGGCUGGCUCUCAAAUAUCCACUGCUCGACUGAGGGGAAUGUGUGAGCAGCAGGUGCAGGGUUCUGAAAUAGAGGACCGGGAGGAGCGGGUGCUUACCCACAGUCCGAGUACCAAGGAGGUUAGUGUUAGGAUAGGGGCAGGCCCAGGCACAGAGGAAUGACAAAGAAGAUGUGGGAGUGAAGAUUAGGAAUGUGAGAUUCAAGACCAGAGAGGGUCUGCUGACUAGAGAGGGUCUACUGACAGCUGUUUGUUUGCGUUUUGACCUACUAUGUUUAGACUCCCUGUUACGAAUGCUUUAUCACUCGGCUGUAUCCGUUCUUGCUAUUGUUAUCUUUUAUUAUUUUAUAUAUAUAUUUUUUUCAUAUGAAAAAAUAAUAAUAAUUGGGGGUUAGAUCAGCUUUAAUAUUGCAGGUAGAUUGUAACUUCCAUCAAUGGAAUUGUCUGCAUCACUUCCAAUCCCCCAGAUAUUUUUUGUUCUCGCAAAUACAUAUAAUUUAUAUACAUACAUACAUACACAUAUCCUUUAAAAAAAAAUAUUUCCCUUUAUUACUUUCCAACCCCACCACCCUUUCCCUAAUUGGAGUAAACUAGUGAACAACAACGCUUAGGCCUCUACUUCCAGCUUAUACAUACCAUAUACAUUUACACUCUUGCAAUUGUUACCAUAUGUUGGUCAGGGUUGCAGCCUUGCUCUUAUGUACCGUAAUGUAAAAUAUGCCUGUUUGGUGCACAGGAAUCAGAUUCACGCUUUUACUAUUUUGUCUUCCACUACAACCAUUACACAUCCACACUUAAGUGUUUUGGCUGUAACUCUACCCCUGGCCAGUAUUAGUGUCAUAUGGGCCUAUCAAGGUUAUGAAUGGCAAGUUAAAUAUGCUUAUGAAAUACUACUUAACAAAUAUUACACAAGUGAUGAAACAUCUUAAUGUAAAACUAUUAAAUAAUAAUUAUGAUAUAGGCUAGCUCAGCUGACUACUGAUUAUUUGAUAAGGUUGGAUUAAUGUCAUCUGGUUUUGACCUCUGACCACUUUUUCUCUAUGUAGGAUGACCAGGUUGUGCUACAAUGCACUGCCUCCAUUCUGAAAGAACAGAUCAAACUGUGUCUGUCAUGUGAGGGCUUCGGGAACCGCCUCUGCUUCCUGGAGACCACCUCCAAUGCUCAGGUAGAAAGAGCCACGUUCCAUACUCUCUGAUUACAUCUAUAUUCUAGUUGUUGCCAUUCGCUGGGUUUUGCUGAUGGAUGUCUGUGUUGUGUUGUAGAAUGUGCCACCUGAUUUGGCGAUCUGCUGCUUCAUUCUGGAGCAGUCCCUGUCGGUACGAGCCUUACAGGAGAUGCUGUCCAACACAAUGGAGCUCAAUGAGGUAGGAGACUAGAAGAGGGGCUGAUGGUUCUGCUGUGUGUUGGGAUUAAAGGAGCUUCUUUUACAUCUGAUGUUAAACAAUUAUACAGUAUAUACUGAGUGUACAAAACAUGAUGUUUCCAUGACAUAGAUUGACCAGGUGAAAGCUAUGAUCCCUUAUUGAUGUCACGUGUUAAAUCCACUUCAAUCAGUGUAGAUGAAGGGUAGGAGACAGGUUAAAGAAGGAUUUUUAAGCCUUGACACAAUUGAGACAUGGAUUGUGUAUGUUUGCCGUUCAGAGGGUGAAUGGGAAAGACAAAAGAUUUGUAUCAAGAAUGGUUCACCACCAAAAAGGACAUCCUGCCAACUUGACACAACUGUGGGAAGCAUUGGAGUCAACAUGGGCCAGCAUCCCUGUGGAACACUUUUGACAUCUUGUAGAGUCCAUGCCCAGACGAAUUGAGACUGUUCUGAGGGCAAAAGGGGGUGCAACUCAAUAUUAGGAAGGUGUUCUUAAUGUUUUCUACAGUAUGUGGAAAUAGUUUUUCUUUGGCUGGAAAAUAGAGUAGGUCUUUGUGUAGUGUCCAGUGAGCUUAGUUCUUUCUGAAUACAACAGAUGUCAUGUUUUUCCCAUAAUAUGGGAACCAAUACUAUUGGUAAAAAAUUUCACAAAAUAGAGUUAUGGCUUUCUUAUAUGGUAGUGAGAACAUCCUCUCUAAUGUCAUUUACACAUAGUUGUAAAAGUACUGUUGUAGUGAAUAGAGUUAUGUGCUAAUGACACAUCACUGAUGUAUUUGAAAUAUUAAUAUUAUGUCAAGGUAUCUUGUUCAUUUAGCAACUUAACUUCGUUUUGUCUCUUUUCUGACCCCACACCCCUCACCUCCCACCUGCCAACCAUAGGCAGUCGAUUUGGACAAAUGGGUAUGUCUGUUCAUGUUUCCCUUCCUGUCACAUUUCCCCAAAGUUUUCCCCUCCUCUCCCCCCCUUGUCUACCCUGAGAGUCCUCUCACCUCUCACCCAAUGUCUCCAACAGUGAUGCACCACUUUCUUCUACCCUCACUCAUACUACCUCACUCCACACUUUGCUCAGUGUUGUCAUAGCUGAAAUACCGAGCGGCGUUUCAAAUGACACCCAAGGAAAGAUUCCUGUCAGCAGCACAGGAGCAGCUAAGAAGCUCUCCGCCAUUGAGGGCUUCUGGUUGCAAUAUAAUCUCUACACUAUGUCCAGCAUCAGAAUCAUGUACCACAGGCCUAGUAUUGGAUGGUGACAUUUGAAACAGGGCUCUUCCUGCCCUGUGACCCUGUCCCUCUGAAAGUCUCCUCUACAACCUUCACCAUACUCCCAUUUUCACUCCUCUUAGUCACAUAAGUCCCAUUCAUUGAAUGUGUACCAUACCAUCCCUUUACAGUUUCUUAAUCAAUGCUAUUACGUCGUCCCCUGAGUUUCUGUGGUUUGACCAAACCAUCAAGCCAAUUAAUCUUAAUCUUCAGAAAGUCUGGAAUAUAGGGCAAAGUGUAAUCUUGAAUAUCAAGCUGCACACACGUACGCACAGACUCUCACACACACACAGGUUCACACAUUGUCCACUAAAUCUGACCCAGAAGUCAGUCUUGCGCUGUGUUCUGACUCUGCACUUACCCAUGGAAUAAUCACGAUGAUAACAAUGUUGACGGUGGAAAUAAUAACCACUAAUUAUAACAAAUGUUGAAGUAACAAUAUUGUUUGGUUGUCUGAAUGUCACUUUCCCUCCCUUCCAGUUACAGACAGGAAAAAAUGUGACAUUUGACUUGCUGUGGUAUUGUUACUCAUUUGACUUGAUGUUUUAUUUAUUUUUUAUAACUUGGUGAAUUCCCCUUUCCACUCACCCCUGGUUUGAAUUGCCACUAUGUGGACAUGUUUGUUGUUGUGUUGGUUCUCUGUGGUGGGCUCUCUGACUCCUCUCAGCCAGAUACGUUCAGUACACAGGUUCUCUUUUGCCUGCCAUGUUGUUCCCAGUUUGGUAAGAGGAGGAUGAUCAACUCCUGUCUCCCUCCUUAGUCUUUAACAGUCCUGUGUACCUGACCUUAGCAGGCUGAAUGUUGAAUCAUACACUACUCUCUUUGGAUGGUUUUUGAACCUCUCUCUCUCCUCUGUUCUGCCCAGUCAUCUCAAGGAGGGGGCCACCGUACCCUGCUGUAUGGCCAUGCUAUCCUACUGAAACACACUCACUCCAGCAUGGUAAGCAGCCUCCUCUCUGUCUCACUGUGUAGUCUCAUAUGUUUCUCAUUUUACCAACCCACUAUCAUCCACUGCUUUCUACUUAUACCUCAUCCAGUAGUCUCUCACAUCCACACUAUCUCCCACAUCCACACUAUCUCCCACACUAUCUCCCACACCCACACAAUCUCCCACACUAACCCAUGUAACUGUGCUGCAGUUAAAAUAAAAUAAAACAAAUAUUACACAGGUUUGCUUUUCAAUGAGCGCUUCAUGAUUCGGUGUGUAAUUUUUACUCUCUGUGUGCGGCAGUACCUCAGCUGUUUGACUACCUCAAGGUCACUCACAGACAAACUGGCCUUUGAUGUGGGUUUACAGGAAGAUUCCACAGGUAUGGCUUUUACCAUAGAGAAGAGCAGUGGCAUGUCCACAUCUUUUCUGCACAGUGUUCAUAUUGCUCCUUAGUUGAGUGAUGCAUGUGUUCCUCCACAGGGGAGGCGUGCUGGUGGACCAUUCACCCUGCGUCCAAGCAGAGGUCAGAGGGAGAGAAGGUCAGGGUGGGAGAUGACCUCAUCCUGGUCAGCGUGUCCUCUGAGAGAUACCUGGUGAGCUGCGUUGGUGACACACUGCCAUAUGGACUUUCAACCCCAGGUUAUGGAUGGAGCUGACAUGUUCUCUCUCUCUCUCUCUCUCUCACUCUCUCACUCCCCCCCCCCCCCCCCCCCCACUCUCUCUCCAGCAUCUCUCCUACGCCAGUGGUGACCUCAUGGUGGAUGCCUCCUUCAUGCAGACCCUGUGGACCAUGAGCCCUGUGAUGUCUGGCUGUGAACUUGCUGAAGGUGUCUUGUAUAUGUUUGUUUUUCUAUUUCAUAGUCAUUUAGCUAAUUAUCUAGAAACACUACACUGGACUGCCAUGUCUUUCUCUCAUUGCCAAUGUAACAUUACCCCCCUCAGGCUUUCUGACUGGAGGCUAUGUUCUUAGACUGUUCCAUGGUCACAUGGACGAGUGCUUGGCUAUCCCUGCUGCCGAACAAGGAGACGACCAGCGCAGGUGAUGAAAACUGUUGAACUAUUCUACAUUUACAUCUUAAGAUGUAAGAUAGCUAGGUGGGACAACCACAUAUGUCAGUCAUAGAAAGUAAACAUUUCCUCAAUAAAGUAGCUAUCAGCAAAGGCAGUGCUAGUAGGGGGGAAAGUGUUAGUGUACAAAAUGCUUUUUUUAUGUGUGGGGGGGAUUAUUUAGAUACUCUUGGAAGAGGUAGGGUUUCAGAUGUUUUCAGAAGAUGGGCAGGGACUCUGCUGUCCUAGCUUCAGUGGGAAGCUGGUUCCACGAUUGGGGUGCCAGGACAGAGAUUAGUUUUGACUGGGCUGAGCGGGAGCUGCCCUCCCGUAGUGGGUGGAAGGGCCAAGAGACGAGAGGUGGCAGAGCGGAGUACUCGGGUUGGGUUGUAGGGUUUGAGCAUAGCCUGAAUGUAGGGAAGGGCAGUUCCUCUUGCUGUUCCGUAGGCAAGUACUAAGGUCUUGUAGUGGAUGUGAGCUUCGACUGGAAGCCAGUGAAGUGUGCGGAGGAGCGGGGUGACAUGGGAGAAUUUAGGAAGGUUAAUCAGAAAUGUAAUCUGACACCGCAUAAACACCACCUGUCACUAACAGCCCAUCUCUGUUUUCAGAAUUGCUCAUUAUGAGGGCGGUGCUGUCUGUAGCCAUGCCCGGUCACUAUGGAGACUAGAACCCCUCCGGAUUGGGUGAGUGGAUGCUCUUCUGUCCAUCAGCUUUAUGGAACAAAAACCAUUACAAUUGUCUUACAUGAGUUCUCUCAUUGGGGUUGUACUUAUGGCUCUGUGUAGAUGGAGUGGAGGUCACAUGAAAUGGGGCCAGUCGUUCCGAGUGCGUCACAUAACCACAGGUCGCUACCUCUGCCUGGAUGAAGAGAAAGGACUGCUGGUGGUGGACCCUGAAAAAGCCAACGCCAAGAUGUCCGCCUUCUGCUUCAGAAUCUCCAAGGUCAGGGUCGUCACAAACGGCACUCUGUUAAUAUAAAGAGCAGUGUGAAAACGCACACAGUCCUUUUCAUAGAAUUGAACAUAAGCAGCAUUCAUAUCUUCCCUCCAUAUCUACAACUGUUGAUGGUGUCAUUCUUUCUCCUUGUUGUUCAAUGUUCCAACCUGCAGGAAAAGAUCGAGGUGGCUCAGAAACGAGAUGUGGAGGGCAUGGGCACACCAGAGAUCAAGUAUGGGGAGUCCAUGUGUUUUGUGCAGCACGUCUCCACUGGCCUCUGGCUUACGUACGCCUCUGUCGAUGCCAAGUCCGCCCGCCUGGGACCUCUUAAGAGGAAGGUAUGGAGAAAUCGUGUGGCAAGGUGCCUAAAAACCCCCUGAGCUAAUGGACAGGAAGAACAACAACACAGGGAAAUGCUGAGAGAUAAUAAAGACCCCAUAAUGUAGUGAUUUACUGUGAUUGCAUUUAGUUUUGGCUUUUGAAAUACUCAGUCAGCUUUCCCCUGGAGUGCAGCUGGUGUUUAUCCAUGUUGUCAAUGCACUUGUGUCUCUCUCAGGCCAUCCUUCAUAAGGAGGGCCACAUGGACGAUGCCCUGACCGUGGCCCGCUCCCAGACGGAGGAGUUCCAGGCUGCUCGUAUGAUCUACAACACAGCAGGCCUCUUCACACAGUUCAUUAAGUAUGGCCCCUCUCCACUCCCAAUGCGUUUUCUAUGACCCCUUUGAUUUACUGUUAUCCUUCAGGAGGGGCAGAUCGCCUUGGUUUAAUGUUUGACCUCAUGGUCAGUGCAGUGAAAUGUUUUCCCCUGUUCUCUGUGCCUCCAGAGCGCUGGACUCUCUGAGUGGGAAGAACAAGUCUUCUUCAGGCCCCCUGUCUCUGCCCAUGGACUCCGUGGCCCUCUCCCUGCAGGACCUCAUCUUCUACUUCCGGCCCCCUGAGGAGGAGCUGGAGCACGAGGAGAAACAGACCAAACUACGCUCCCUCAAGAACCGACAGAACCUCUUCCAAGAGGAGGUCAAUGCUCACACGCAACAGAUAAAGAAGAUAUACUGUACUUUCAAAAUAUUUUUCCCGCACUCCUCCUCCCUUUAGUGUUCCGACGUUUUCUGUGUCAUUCCACACAGGGCAUGAUCACUCUGGUGCUGGACUGUAUUGACCGUCUCAAUGUCUACAACACGGCGGCCCACUUCUCCGAGUUUGCAGGGGAGGAGGCUGCCGAGUCUUGGAAGGAAAUCGUUAAUCUCCUGUAUGAGCUGCUGGGUAUGUGAUCUUCUAUUUAGCCCAUUAUUUCAGGAUCCAAGGUACAUCAUGUUUCUGCAUUGCUGUGGUUACUGUGGCAACAUGCCCUUCAAUCUGAACAUGACCUAGCUCUGAUCUCUCAUUCUCUUUCUGUGAAGCCUCUCUCAUCAGAGGUAACCGGGCCAACUGUGCUUUGUUCUGUGAUAACCUGGAUUGGCUGGUCAGCAAACUGGACCGUCUAGAGGCCUCCUCAGGUUAAGGCCCACUACACACUCAGUCACCUUCCAGCACUGAAUCACAUGGACUUGAAUGUGUUAUGGGAGUGUCCUCUGUGUUUCAUUGCGUAUUACUCUCACCACAGGCAUCCUGGAGGUGCUGUACUGCGUUCUGAUUGAGAGUCCAGAGGUCCUGAACAUCAUCCAGGAGAACCACAUUAAAUCUAUAAUUUCUCUACUGGAUAAGCAUGGACGCAAUCACAAGGUCAGUGAAUAUGUGUGCAGGUCAUUGAAGUUUAUUAUUUGUAUGUUUAUUUUUAUUAUUUAGGCCUGUGCUUAUCCAGAGAAGUGUUCGUAUGUUAUCUUGUUGACGGUCCAUCUCCUUAUGAUUUGAAAGCUGAUUUUAGAAUACCUUUCCCUUGCCUAGGUGUUGGAUGUGCUCUGCUCUUUGUGUGUGUGUAAUGGUGUGGCUGUAAGAUCCAAUCAGAAUCUCAUCACAGAGAAUCUGCUUCCGGGUCGCGACCUCCUCCUGCAGUCCAACAUCAUCAAUUAUGUCACCAGGUAUAUAGACAUCUGGUCAUACUAUAUAUCGUUUGUGAAAAUCCAACCACUGCAAUUAGUUUUUUCCUUCAAACCAUUAACUAUGUUUUAUCUCAGUGUGAGACCCAACAUCUUCCUUGGAACCUGUGAGGGAUCCACACAGUAUAAGAAGUGGUAUUUUGAGGUGAUGGUGGACUAUGUGGAGCCCUUCCUGACGGCCCAGGCCUUCCACCUGCGUGUGGGCUGGGCUCUGACCGAGGGCUACAGCCCCUACCCUGGGGGUGGUGAGGGCUGGGGCGGCAACGGGGUUGGCGACGACCUUUACUCAUAUGCCUUUGAUGGACUCCACCUGUGGUCAGGUACAGUGAGCAGGGCCUAGCUUUAGAAUGCAUCAUUCUAUUAGUGGUUGAGAUCUUAUUGAUCUGUGUGUCUCAACAGGACGAGUCCUCCGUCAUGUUGCCUCCCCCAACAUGCACAUCCUAGCGGCAGACGAUGUGGUCAGCUGCUGCCUGGAUCUGAGCGUGCCCAGUAUCUCGUUCCGUAUCAACGGGCACCCUGUCCAAGGCAUGUUUGAGAACUUCAACCUGGACGGCCUCUUCUUCCCUGUUGUCAGCUUUUCUGCAGGCGUCAAGUGAGAACCACUGAUUGGGCUUAUAGAGCUGCUGUUUUUAGAAUGAGUCUUAAGAAAAUCUGUCACAGAGGAUGUCUAAUGAGUGAUCACUGUUCAUGUUCUUCUUCUCGCAAACGUCAAGGGUUCGUUUUCUCCUGGGAGGGCGUCAUGGGGACUUUAAAUUCCUCCCACCGCCAGGCUAUGCCCCGUGCUAUGAGGCUGUGCUGCCCAAGGACCGUUUGCGUAUUGAGCCCAUCAAGGAGUAUAAGCAUGAUUUCAAUGGUGUCCGUAACCUGUUGGGGCCCACACAGUCCCUCUCGCACACAGCCUUUACCCCCUGCCCUGUGGACACAGUACAGGUAAAACCCUUGAAUGAUCUGUGCGUGUCUCAUUCUCUUCUCUCUUGCCUCCAUUCACUGUGUUGUCCUUUCAGAUUGUACUUCCGCCUCACUUGGAGCGCAUUCGGGAGAAGCUGGCAGAAAACAGCCAUGAGCUAUGGGCCGCCACUCGCAUUGAACAAGGAUGGACCUACGGGUCGGUGAGUGCUCUGUCGUAGCCGGCCGCGACCGGGAGACCCAUGGGGCGGCACACAAUUGGCCCAGCGUCGUCCAGGGUAGGGGAGGGAAUGGCCGGCAGGGAUGUAGCUCAGUUGGUAGAGCAUGGCGUUUGCAACGCCAGGGUUGUGGGUUUGAUUCCCACGGGGGGGCCAGUAUGAAAAAAAAAUAUAAUACCAAAAAAAAUGUAUGCACUCACUAACUGUAAGUCGCUCUGGAUAAGAGCGUCUGCUAAAUGACUAAAAUGUAAUGUAAAUGCUUCCCAUACACUGCUUACAUGACUGAGUGAUAUCUAUUUAAUCCAAUCUGGCAAACAUCUUGAUUGUUUCCUCUACUCAAGUUCCGAGAUGACAACAAGAAACUGCACCCUUGCCUGGUAGAUUUCCAGAGCCUGCCAGAGCCAGAGAAGAAUUACAACCUUGCCAUGUCAGGAGAAACACUCAAGUGAGUCAAGGUCUUGGACACGCCCUCUCAAGGUCUUGGACAUGCCCUCUCAGCCUAGUGUGUCUGUGUGUGCUAGGUAUUCACUACCUCUCCUUCUGUUUCUCAAAGGACUCUACUGGCGCUGGGCUGUCAUGUGGGCAUGGGAGAUGAGAAAGCAGAGGAGAACCUGAAGAACAUCAAGAUGCCCAAAACGUGAGUGAUAGCUCAAGAUUGUGAUCUCAGACUUAUUUAGACAUGACGUCAUUAUUCUCUGAUAUUCACUUACAUGGUUGAAAAUGUAUUGUUUUACAUUAUCUGAGAUAAGCAUUGUGAAACGUUGGAUUGUCAUUUAAGUAAAGGCCUGUUCACUUAGUGAGAUUAGUAGAAUAGUCAUAAUGACUUCUCAGUUACUAGUGUAAUCAUAACAUCCCGUUUGUUCCAUUAGAUAUAUGAUGAGUAGUGGAUACAAGCCUGCCCCUCUGGACCUCAACCACGUCAAGCUGACACCCAACCAGACCAACCUAGUGGAGAGACUGUCAGAAAAUGGACACAAUGUGUGGGCUCGUGACCGGGUUCACCAGGGAUGGACCUACAGCAUUGUACAGGUAGCUUUUCCUCUCUGUCUGUUCUUGGUUCUUUCAGGAGACUCGCACACAGCAAGUAAGGCCAAACCUGUGAUAAUACUGUAGCUCAAGUCAUUUCAGACAAUGACUAUUGAAUAUCAAUUGUGUUUUUGUGGGGUGGGUUUUAAUGCACUCGUAGGCGUAGAGGUGGGCACACAACAAGCUCCCCUAAAGUGAUGCAGAUAUAGUACUUUAUAAAAGUUGAACUCUAGGUGAAGCAUUAUUCAUACCUGACUCAUGAGUCGUUGUAGUUGUGAUGUUUUCAGAGCCAACAUUUAUGUAACUGUUCAAGACAAAUAGAAUAAUAAUGUUUUUUUGGAGCUAAUACAGUAUCACUCUAUCAAGAUGUAAGUCCAUGACUUACAGAAUAAUUAUAUGACUCCCACAAUUGUUUGAGUUGAUUUCAAGUCUUGUUCAGGACAUUAUGAACAAACGCAACCCGCGCCUGGUGCCAUACAACCUGCUGGACGAAAAGACCAAGAAGACCAACAGAGACACUGUCUGUGCAGCUGUCCGCACUCUCAUCGGCUAUGGUUACAACAUUGAGCCACCUGACCAGGAGAGCAGUGAGUCUGUCUGUCUGCCAAGUUGUUAAUAUUUCAAUACUGUAAUGAACUAGUUACUUGUCCUGUUAAAUACAGCUAGAUAUACUGUGUGUGUGUAUAUAUAUGUAUAUAUAUAUACAGUGGGGAGAACAAGUAUUUGAUACACUGCCGAUUUUGCAGGUUUUCCUACUUACAAAGCAUGUAGAGGUCUGUAAUUUUUUUCAUAUGUACACUUCAACUGUGAGAGACGGAAUCAAAAACAAAAAUCAAGAAAAUCACAUUGUAUGAUUUUUAAGUAAUUAAUUUGCAUUUUAUUGCAUGACAUAAGUAUUUGAUCACCUACCAACCAGUAAGAAUUCCGGCUCUCACAGACCUGUUAGUUUUUCUUUAAGAAGCCCUACUGUUCUCCACUCAUUACCUGUAUUAACUGCACCUGUUUGAACUCGUUACCUGUAUAAAAGACACCUGUCCACACACUCAAUCAAACAGACUCCAACCUCUCCACAAUGGCCAAGACCAGAGAGCUGUGUAAGGACAUCAGGGAUAAAAUUGUAGACCUGCACAAGGCUGGGAUGGGCUACAGGACAAUAGGCAAGCAGCUUGGUGAGAAGGCAACAACUGCUGGCGCAAUUAUUCGAAAAUAGAAGAAGUUCAAGAUGACGGUCAAUCACCCUCGGUCUGGGGCUCCAUGCAAGAUCUCACCUCGUGGGGCAUCAAUGAUCAUGAGGAAGGUGAGGGAUCAGCCCAGAACUACACGGCAGGACCUGGUCAAUGACCUGAAGAGAGCUGGGACCACAGUCUCAAAGAAAACCAUUAGUAACACACUAAGCCGUCAUGGAUUAAAAUCCUGCAGCGCACGCAAGGUCCCCCUGCUCAAGCCAGCGCAUGUCCAGGCCCGUCUGAAGUUUGCCAAUGACCAUCUGGAUGAUCCAGAGGAGGAAUGGGAGAAGGUCAUGUGGUCUGAUGAGACAAAAAUAGAGCUUUCUGGUCUAAACUCCACUCGCCGUGUUUGGAGGAAGAAGAAGGAUGAGUACAACCCCAAGAACACCAUCCCAACCGUGAAGCCUGGAGGUGGAAACAUCGUUCUUUGGGGAUGCUUUUCUGCAAAGGGGACAGGACGACUGCACUGUAUUGAGGGGAGGAUGGAUGGGGCCAUGUAUCGUGAAAUCUUGGCCAACAACCUCCUUCCCUCAGGUAGGGCAUUGAAGAUGGGUCGUGGCUGGGUCUUCCAGCAUGACAACGACCCGAAACACACAACCAGGGCAACUAAGGAGUGGCUCCGUAAGAAGCAUCUCAAGGUCCUGGAGUGGCCUAGCCAGUCUUCAGACCUGAACCCAAUAGAACAUCUUUGGAGAGAGCUGAAAGUCAGUAUUGCCCAGCGACAGCCCCGAAACCUGAAGGAUCUGGAGAAGGUCUGUAUGGAGGAGUGGGCCAAAAUCCCUGCUGCAGUGUGUGCAAACCUGGUCAAGACGUACAGGAAACGUUUGAUCUCUGUAAUUGCAAACAAAGGUUUCUGUACCAAAUAUUAAGUUCUGCUUUUCUGAAGUAUCAAAUACUUAUGUCAUGCAAUAAAAUGCAAAUUAAUUACUUAAAAAUCAUACAAUGUGAUUUUCUGGAUUUUUGUUUUAGAUUCCGUCUCUCACAGUUGAAGUGUACCUAUAAUAAAAAUUACAGACCUCUACACGCUUUGUAAGUAGGAAAACCUGCAAAAUCGGCAGUGUAUCAAAUACUUGUUCUCCCCACUGUAUAUAUAUAUAUACAUACAUACAGUGAGGGAAAAAAGUAUUUGAUCCCCUGCUGAUUUUGUACGUUUGCCCACUGACAAAGAAAUGAUCAGUCUAUAAUUUUAAUGGUAGGUUUAUUUGAACAGUGAGAGACAGAAUAACAACAACAAAAUCCAGAAAAACGCAUGUCAAAAUUUUUAUAAAUUGAUUUGCAUUUUAAUGAGGGAAAUAAGUAUUUGACCCCCUCUCAAUCAGAAAGAUUUCUGGUUCCCAGGUGUCUUUUAUACAGGUAACGAGCUGAGAUUAGGAGCACACUCUUAAAGGGAGUGCUCCUAAUCUCAGCUUGUUACCUGUAUAAAAGACACCUGUCCACAGAAGCAAUCAAUCAAUCAGAUUCCAAACUCUCCACCAUGGCCAAGACCAAAGAGCUCUCCAAGGAUGUCAGGGACAAGAUUGUAGACCUUCACAAGGCUGGAAUGGGCUACAAGACCAUCGCCAAGCAGCUUGUUGAGAAGGUGACAACAGUUGGUGCGAUUAUUCGCAAAUGGAAGAAACACAAAAUAACUGUCAAUCUCCCUCGGCCUGGGGCUCCAUGCAAGAUCUCACCUCGUGGAGUUGCAAUGAUCAUGAGAACAGUGAGGAAUCAGCCCAGAACUACACAGGAGGAUCUUGUCAAUGAUCUCAAGGCAGCUGGGACCAUCGUCACCAAGAAAACAAUUGGUAACACACUACGCCGUGAAGGACUGAAAUCCUGCAGCGCCCGCAAGGUCCCCCUGCUCAAGAAAGCACAUAUACAGGGCCGUCUGAAGUUUGCCAAUGAACAUCUGAAUGAUUCAGAGGAGAACUGGGUGAAAGUGUUGUGGUCAGAUGAGACCAAAAUCGAGCUCUUUGGCAUCAACUCAACUCGCUGUGUUUGGAGGAGGAGGAAUGCUGCCUAUGACCCCAAGAACACCAUCCCCACCAUCAAACAUGGAGGUGGAAACAUUAUGCUUUGGGGGUGUUUUUCUGCUAAGGGGACAGGACAACUUCACCGCAUCAAAGGGACGAUGGACGGGGCCAUGUACUGUCAAAUCUUGGGUGAGAACCUACUUCCCUCAGCCAGGGCAUUAGAAAUGGGUCGUGGAUGGGUAUUCCAGCAUGACAAUGAUCCAAAACACACGGCCAAGGCAACAAAGGAGUGACUCAAGAAGAAGCACAUUAAGGUCCUGGAGUGGCCUAGCCAGUCUCCAGACCUUAAUCCCAUAGAAAAUCUGUGGAGGGAGCUGAAGGUUCGAGUUGCCAAACGUCAGCCUCGAAACCUUAAUGACUUGGAGAUGAGGAGUAGAACAAAAUCCCUCCUGAGAUGUGUGCAAACCUGGUGGCCAACUACGAGAAACGUCUGACCUCUGUCAUUGCCAACAAGGGUUUUGCCACCAAGUACUAAGUCAUGUUUUGCAGAGAGGUCAAAUACUUAUUUCCCUCAUUAAAAUGCAAAUCAAUUUAUAAAAUUUUUGACAUGCGUUUUUCUGGAUUAUUUUGUUGUUAUUCUGUCUCUCACUGUUCAAAUAAACCUACCUUUAAAAUUAUAGACUGAUCAUGUCUUUGUCAGUGGGCAAACGUACAAAAUCAGCAGGGGAUCAAAUACUUUUUCCCCUCACUAUAUAUAUAUAGAUAUACAGUACCAGUCAAAAGUUUGGACACACCUACUCAUUCAAGGGUUUUUCUUUAUUUUUACUAUUUUCUACAUUGUAGAAUAAUAGUGAAGACAUCAAAACUGUGAAAUAACACAUAUAGAAUCAUGUAGUAACCAAAAAAGUGUUAAACAAAUCAAAAUAUAUUUAGAUUCUUCAAAGUAGCCAUCCUUUGCCUUGAUGACGGCUUUGCACACUCUUUGCAUUCUCUCAACCAGCUUCACCUGGAAUGCUUUUCUAACCGUCUUGAAGGAGUUCCUACAUAUGCUGAGCACUUGUUGGCUGCUUUUCCUUCACUCUGCGGUCCAACUCAUCCCAAACCAUCUCAAUUGGGUUGAGGUCGGGUGAUUGUGGAGGCCAGGUCAUCUGAUGCAGCACUCCAUCACUCUCCUUCUUGGUCAAAUAGCCAUUUCAUAGCCUGGAGGUGUGUUGGGUCAUUGUCCUGUUGAAAAACAAAUGAUAGUCCCACUAAGUGCAAACCAAAGGGGGUGGUGUAUCGCUGCAGAAUGCUGUGGUAAACAUGCUGGUUAAGUGUGCCUUGAAUUCUAAAUAAAUCACUGACAGUGUCACCAGCAAAGCACCCCCACACCAUCACUCCUCCUCCAUGCUUCACGGUGGGAACCACACAUGCGGCGAUCAUCCGUUCACCUACUCUGCGUCUCACAAAGACACGGCAGUUGGAACCAAAAAUCUCAAAUUUGGACUACAGACCAAAGGACAGAUUUCCACCAGUCUAAUGUCCAUUGCUCGUGUUUCUUGGCCCAAGCAAGUCUCUUCUUCUUAUUGGUGUCCUUUAGUAGUGGUUUCUUUGCAGCAAUUCGACCAUGAAGGCCUAACUCACACAGUCUCCUAUGAACAGUCUGCUCUAAUGAACUUAUCCUCUGCAGCAGAGGCAACUCUGGGUCUUCCUUUCCUGUGGCGGUCCUCAUGAGAGCCAGUUUCAUCAUAGCGCUUGAUGGUUUUUGCGACUGCACUUGAAGAAACGUUCAAAUUCUUGAAAUUUUCCGGAUUGACUGACUUUCAUGUCUUUAAAGUAAUGAUGGACUGUUGUUUCUCUUUGCUUAUGUGAGCUGUUCUUGCCAUAAUAUGGACUUGGUCGUUUACCAAAUAGGGCUAUCUUCUGUAUACCAACCCUACCUUGUCACUUUUAACAAGGCACACCUGUUAAUUGAAAUGCAUUCCAGGUGAAGCUGGUUGAGAGAAUGCCAAGAGUGUUCAAAGCUUUCAUCAAGGCAAAGGGUGGCUACUUUGAAGAAUCGCAAAUAUAACAUAUAUUUUGAUUUGUUUAACACUUUUUUGGUUACUACAUGAUUCCAUAUGUGUUAUUUCAUUGUUUUGAUGUCUUCACUAUUAUUGUACAAUGUAGAAAAUAGUAAAAAUAAAGAAAAACCCUGGAAUGAGUAGGUGUGUCCAAACUUUUGACUGGUUUUGUAUAUAUACAUAUAAACACACACACACACACCACACACCACACACCACACAGAGAGAGAGUCAGGUCCAAAAUUAUUUGCACCCUUGAUAAACAUGAGCAAAAAAGACUGUAUAAAACAAAUACUGACCAUUGAAAACUUGUGGUUUGAAUUGAAGAGGGCAGUCCAUAAGCUCAGAUGAACGAUAUCCACGAUAUUUUUGGAGCGUACAAUUUAGCUCAGUAUUUGUAUAUUAUUUAUUUUAUACAGUAUUUUUUGCUCAUAUUUAUCAAGGGUACCAGUAAUGAUGUACCUGACUGCUAUAUAUAUAACAUCUUAAUAAUGUCACCUGUAUCUCUGUUUGUGCUAGGUGGUAAUGGGGAAGGUCAUUCCCGUGGAAAUAAGAUCCGUGUGUUCCGGGCUGAGAAGUCUUACGCAGUGACCCAGGGGAAGUGGUACUUUGAGUUUGAGGCUGUGACUGUGGGGGAGAUGAGAGUGGGUUGGGCCAGACCCAGUGUCCGCGCUGACACAGAGCUGGGGGCGGAUGAGCUCGCCUAUGUCUUCAAUGGUUUCAAGGUAUGGUCGGUGAUAAAUGCUCUGUUCUCUGUCUGUUUCAGGGAAAACAUUUACUAAUGUAUCCUAUUUUAACUUUGACUUUUCUUUUUUAGGCUCAGCGUUGGCAUGUGGGCAAUGAGCCGUUUGGUCGUAGCUGGUUGCCAGGUGACGUGGUGGGCUGUAUGAUCGACCUGGUAGAGCAGAACAUCUUCUUCACCCUGAACGGAGAGAUGCUGAUCAGCGACUCUGGCUCUGAGAUGGCCUUCAAGGACAUAGACAUAGGAGAUGGUGAGUGACGGCUGCGGCUUGGGAGGUAAAUCCUUGUAGGUUGGGUCUGCUGUACAGGAGGUGGAUAUUAUGAUUCAGUAUGAUUCACUGAUUUAGAUCUAUGCUAUUUAUUAAACUGUGUCUGUCUGUCUCCAGGCUUCAUUCCUGUGUGUAGUCUGGGCCUGUCUCAGGUUGGCCGGCUCAACCUGGGCCAGAACGUCAGCAGCCUUCGCUACUUCACCAUCUGUGGCCUGCAGGAGGGCUUUGAGCCCUUCGCCAUCAACAUGAAGAGAGACAUCACCAUGUGGUUCAGCAAGAGCCUGCCCCAGUUCAUCGCUGUACCUACAGAACACCCUCACGUUGAGGUACUGCACAUCUUGUUCAGUAACAGUGGCUCGUUAUGCCUAGAAAUGGCUUUUGUUCCCAUAUUACAUGAUCAUAAAUUGACAAAUGUCAAAGUAAUGUUUCUCUUAGAUUUCCACCCUCCCAUGUCCCCUGUGUAGGUGACCCGUGUGGAUGGGACUGUGGACAGUGCUCCCUGUCUGAAGCUGACCCAUAAGACCUUUGGCUCUCAGAACGCCAAUACAGACCUGCUGUUCCUGAGGCUCAGCAUGCCCGUGGAGUUCCACGAGACCUUUAAGGUUAUGGCCGGGACCACCCCCCUCACCCGAGCUCUGACCAUCCCUGAGGACGAGGUUCUGGAGGUUGACCCCGACUCUGACUUUGAGGUGCUGAAGAAGUCUGCCAGCCGCACAGAGAAGGAGGAGGAGAAGAAGGAACCCUCUGUGCCUAAGGAGAUCCCUGUCAUCGAAGGAGGAGAGAAUGUGAAAGAUGCCUCUACAGAGAAGAGCAAGAAGAAGGGGUGAGUACUGAGUAGGGGUCAGAUAGCUAAAGAGAAAGACAAUAGGCUUUGGACAGACUACAUCAACUCUGUUGGAAAAAAGUAGAAAGUGAAUGCUGAAAACCAGGGUUGGGGUCAAUUUGAAUUGAAGGCAAUUUAGGAAUCGAUUUGAAUUUUACAAGUAAAAAAUUGAAAAAACUUUUGAUAUAAAUAGCUUCUCCUUUUCAGUUAAUUGAGAAAUCGUUGAACACAGAUGCCCCUUUUUACAGUAUUAAAUUGGAAUUUCAGUUUAACUGUAAUCAUAAUGUUUUCUCAGUCAUAUUGAAUAGGAGGCCCUAAUACACAUUGUUUGUGUACCCCUCAGGUUCCUGUUCAAGGCCAAGAAGGCAGCUUUCACUCCGCCCCCUGUUGUUCCCACCAUGCCCCGCCUGAUGGAGGAAGUGGUCCCAGAUGACAGAGAUGACGACGACAUCAUCCUCAACACCACCACAGUACGUCCUUUUACAAAUGACCUCUUCAGACCCUAGUGUCUAAACCUUACUCUCUGAUUGGAAAAUCACUUCUCUUCACCAGGACAUUUUUGGCUGGAGAGAUUGUUAAUAACGUUUUCUGUCCAUUUCCUCUGUGUGCAGUACUAUUAUUCAGUGCGAGUGAUUGCGGGACAAGAACCCAGCGGUGUGUGGGUGGGCUGGAUCACCCCUGACUACCACCAGUAUGACCUGCACUUUGACCUCAGCAAAGUCAGAAAUGUCACUGUCACCGUGGGAGAUGACAAAGGCAACAUCCAUGACAGGUGAGACACACACACACACAUACACACACAGUGUUCACACAGAUAAUAUCUUAGCAUACUAUUUUCUCUCUCCUGUCUCCCUCAGUAUGAAGCGCAGUAACUGCUACAUGGUGUGGGGGGGGGAGUUCAGCAGCUCCCAGCAAACCCGUGUCAGUCAGGAGGACUUUGUAAUUGGCUGCCUUAUUGACCUGGACACAGGCCUCAUGACUUUCACAGCCAACGGGAAAGAGAUCAACACCUUCUACCAGGUGAGAUGCUGCAUUCACAGUGUAAACAUGUAUUUAUUUACUCAGAAGCAUGUCAAUGGUUAAUGGACUUAUUGGGCAAGGUACAAACUAUGGGCUUCAUAUGUGACACUGUAGUGGUUUGUUCCAGGUGGAGCCCAACACUAAACUGUUCCCAGCUGUCUUUGUUCUGCCCUCCAGUCAGAACAUGCUGCAAGUGGAGCUGGGCAAGCUCAAGGUCAGACUCACAGAGAACCACUCAAGUACACUUGUCACUGUCUGCUUUUACAGUGUUAACUCAUUACUGUCUGCUUUUACAUUGUUAUGGAUGUGGUUUUUCCUUUAAUUCUCUCGCUCAGCCGAUCAUUUCACUUCAGCGACCACCCUUCUACUCUCCAAAGUCAAUGUUUGUUCUCUCCUCUCACCGCAGAACAUCAUGCCCAUCUCGGCAGCCAUGUUCCGCAGUGAGCGUAAGAACCCGGUCCCCCAGUGUCCUCCCAGGCUGGAUGUCCAGAUGCUGACCCCAGUCAUCUGGAGCCGUAUGCCCAACCACUUCCUGUCCCCAGAGACGGGCCGUGUGAAUGAGAGGCAUGGCUGGAUGGUGGAGUGUAGAGAGCCUCUUACCAUGAUGGCCCUGCACAUCCCUGAGGAGAACAGGUCAGAACACGGCCACAGUUACUGACCUCUAAGCAGAUGAUUAUUGUAUUUGAUGUAUUUGAUUAUCAAGUAAUCAAGAAUGGUAGCUAUUGUUCCUAUUUUGAGAACAUACAGUGCCUUCAGAAAGUAUUAAUACCCCUCGGCUUAUUCCACAUAUUCCACAUGAAUUAAAAUAUAUCUUUUUUCUCACCAAUCUACACACAAUAACCCAUAAUGACAAAGUGAAAACAUGUUUUUAGAAAUGUUUUCAAAUGUAUUGAAAAUGAAACACAUAGAUAUCCAAUUUGCAUAAGUAUUCACACCCCUGAGUCAAUACAUGUUAGAAUCACCUUUUGCAGCGAUUACAGCUGUGAGUCUUUCUGGGUAAGUCUCUUAACAGCUUUGCACACCUGGAUUGUACAGUAUUUGCCCAUUUAUUAUUUUCAAAAUUCUUCAAGCUCUGUCAAAUUGGUUGCUUAUCAUUGCUAGACAAUCAUUUUCAAGUCUUGCCAUAGAUUUUCAAGUAGAUUUAAGUCAAAACUGUAACUCGGCCACUCAGGAACAUUCACUGCCUUCUCGGUAAGCAACUCCAGUGUAGAUUUAGCCUUGUGUUUUAGACUGAACCAGGUUUUCCUCUAGGUUUUUGCUUGUGCUUUGCUCCAUUCCGUUUCUUUUUUAUCCUGAAAAACUCCCCAGUCAUUAACGAAUACAAGCAUACCCACAACAAGAUGCAGCCACCACUAUGCUUGAAAAUAGCGGUACUCGGUAAUGUGUUGUAUUGGGUUUGCCCCAAACAUUUUUUGCAGUAUUACUUUAGUGCCUUUUUGCAAACAGGAUUCAUGUUUUUGAAUAUUUGUAUUCUGUACAGGCUUCCUUCUUUUCAGUCUGUCAAUUAGGUUAGUAUUGUGGAGUAACUACAAUGUUGUUGAUCAGUUUUCUCAGCUAUCACAGCCAUUAAACUAUGUAACUGUUUUAAAGUCACCAUUGGCCUCAUGGCAAAAAUCCCUGAGCGGUUUCCUUCCUCUCCGGCAACUGAGUUAGGAAGGAUGCCUGUAUCUUUGUAGUGGCUGGGUGUAUUGAUACACCAUCCAAAGUGUAAUUAAUAACUUCACCAUGCUUUUUUUACCAUCUACCAAUAGCUGCCUUUUGCGAGGCAUUGGAAAAAAAAACCUGGUCUUUGUGGUUGAAUCUGUGUUUGAAAUUCACUGCUCGGCUGAGGGACCUUGCAGAUAAUUGUAUGUGUGGGGUACAGAUAUAUGAGGUAGUCAGUCAAAAACACUAUUAUUGCACACAGAGUGAGUCCAUGCAACUUAUAAUGUGACUUGUUAAGCACAGUGUUACUCCUGAACUUAUUUAGGCUUGCCAUAACAAAGGGGUUGAAUACUUAUUGACUCAAGACAUUUCAUCUUUUCAUUUCAUUUCAAGGAUUUUCAAAAUGUAGAAAAACAUAAUUCCACUUUGACAUUAUAGGGUAUUGUGUGUAGGCCAGUGACCAAAAAAUCUCAAUUUAAUCAAUUUAAAAUUCAGAAUGUAGCACAACAAAAUGUGGAAAAGAUCAAGACGUGUGAAUACUUUCUGAGGGCACUGUACCUUUUUGACAAAGAUCACCAUGAUGAAAUGGAAAUGCUUUCGUUGAUUUCAGUGUUGCCUAUAGUAUUGGAAAAUAAAUAUAACCAAUAGCCAUCCGCUCUGGCUUUGAUGCAAUAGAUGUGUGAGUCUAUACAGCUAACAGUUCUCUCCAUAUGUCCCCUCUAGAUGUAUUGACGUCCUGGAGCUGUCGGAGCGUAUGGACUUGCUGAAGUUCCACUACCACACUCUGAAGCUGUACGGCUCGGUCUGUGCUCUGGGGAACAACCGCGUGGCUCACGCCCUGUGCAGUCAUGUUGAUGAGUCCCAGCUGUUCUACGCCAUAGAGAACACCUACCUGCCUGGACCAAUGAGGAGCGGCUACUACGACCUGCUCAUCAGCAUGCACCUGGAGUCGGCCAAGAGGAACCGCCUCAUGACCAACAAGGAGUUUAUCGUGCCCAUGACAGACGAGACACGCAGCAUCAACCUCUACUCAAACACUGACAACUCCCAUGCUUUACCAGGGGUGGGCCUCACUACCUGUCUGCGCCCCAAACUCCACUUCUCCCCCACUGGGUUUGUGGGGACAGACCUGGACAUCUACACCCUCAGCCCCUUCAUCCCCCUACAGGUAAGGAGCCUCAGACUGAUGGAGGGAGAGCGGAAGGGUUUUCUGUUUGAACUGACCGAUGGUCAUUAAUGUCUCCCUCUCUCUCUCCUGUAGGUGCUGAAGGCGAAGGCCCUGACCAUGCUGACAGAAGCUGUACAAGAUGGUGGUCAGGCCAUGAGGGAUCCUGUAGGAGGCAGUGUUGAGUUCCACUUUGUCCCCAUCCUCAAGCUCAUCAGCACCCUGCUCAUCAUGGGUGUGUUCGAGAAUGAAGAUGUCAAGCACAUCCUGAAGAUGAUAGAGCCCACGGUGUUCAGUGGAGAGGCACAAGCUUCUGCAGAAGAAGCUGAAGCCACAGCCAACGGAGCGGGGAACCAAACACUGGCGCUCAAAGAAGGGGGGGAGGAGGUUAAGGAAGAAAAGGAGAGGGCAGUAGAGAGUGGACAUGAAAUGGAGGAUGAGGGGAUGGGUGAGGAAGAUGAGGAGUUGGAGGCAGAGCUGGAGGAGUUGGAGCUGGUAGAAAAAGAGGAAGAAGAGGGGGAGGAUGGAGAGAAAGGUGAUGAGGAGACGGUGGAGGCGGCGAAGCCUGGUGAGGCGGAUGGAGAGGCAAAAGAACAAGUAGGUCUGGAAGAGGGAUUACUGCACAUGAAGCUACCAGAGUCUGUUAAACUACAGGUUGGUGUGUGUGCCUUUUUCAGUUCACUGUAACUUUCAAUAUCCUUCAUAGUUUGACCAAUUACACGAAUCUAUGUUGCUACAUCUCAUGUCUUUUCCCUUCCGUCUGUCAGAUGUGCACUCUGCUGCAGUAUUUCUGUGACUGUGAGUUGCGCCACAGGGUGGAGGCCAUCAUAGCCUUUUCAGACCAGUUUGUGAGCCAGGUGCAGGCCAACCAGAGAGCGCGCUACAACGAGCUCAUGCUGGCGUUCACCAUGAGCGCUGCCGAGACCGCCCGCAAGACCCGCGAGUUCCGCUCCCCACCACAGGAGCAGGUACCUUCAGCCUCAGCUACUGUCUCCUGGAGGAUCAAGAGCACUAUCACACUUUUAACAGUACAUGAAUGGUAACAAAAAUGAACAGUUUGUUUUUCAUAUGCAGGUCAACAUGCUGAUGAACUUUAAGAGCAUUGCGGACGAUGAGGAGUGUCCUGUGCCUGACGAGGUCCGCGAUGCUCUGCUGUCUUUUCACAAGAACCUGCUUGCUCACUGCGGUCAGUCAAACUCAUUCAGUACCUAGAUCGCCAAAUGUAACUUAUAACUUCCACUUGUAUACAAAUACAUUUGAGGUGAUCAGGCUUAAAUGUCAAUGAUCUUUCAUCCCUCAUGACACCGUCAGGUGUACAUAUUGAAGAGGAAGAGGUGGAGGAGGAGUUGGAUAUGUCUCUCAAAGGACGACUCUUCAGAAUGGUGGACAAGUUGAGGCACCUCCGCAAGAAGAAGGUAGAGGAGGCGCCGGAACCUGUGGAAGAGACUAAACCCAGUGAGUCUCACUCUUUAUCAGUUGUCCCAAUGAAAAACGGUAAAAUCAAGCCAAAGAUUUACCUUCAAUGCCAGAAGACAAUCUGAAUGAUUGAUUACGUUUAUUGGAUAAUUAAAGAUACAAUAUGUAACUUUUUGGGUGACCCGACCAAAUUCACAUAGAAAUGGGAGUUAUAGAUCUUAAGUUUAGUUUUUGCGUCUAUUACUUUCAGUUUUUACACUAGCUUCAAACAGCUGGAAAUACAAUAUUUUUGGUUAUUGAAAAUAUAUUUCACAGCAGUUUAGAUUGUGCAAUGAUUCUCUAGACUCUGAGUGCUUGUUUUGUCACAUAAUCUGAAAUUAGGCGAACUAUUAGAAUUUUAGCAACCAGGAAAUGGCAUAGCGAUUCCUGCAUAGAUUGUACCUUUAAAAGCAGUAGACUGCUCCAGCUGGAGACAACAUUACAAAAUUGAAAUUUCAGUCUAGUCAUGGGAUAAUUUCAUUCGGUUUCAACAAUCAAAUAUUUUCAGGUUGCGAUGCAUUUAUCACUACUAACACAAAAACAACUAUCAAACAAUCAAUCAAGUGAUGCGUCUUGUUUAUAACCCCCCUCCCACUCUCUCCUCCAGGCACCCUCCAGGAGCUCAUCUCCCACACUAUGAUCCACUGGGCCCAGGAGUCGUUCAUCCAGAACCCUGAGCUGGUGCGUCUGAUGUUCAGCCUGCUUCACCGUCAGUAUGACGGGCUGGGGGAGCUGAUCCGGGCCCUGCCCAAGGCCUACACCAUCAACGCCAUCUCCAUAAAGGAUACCAUGGACCUGCUGGAGUGCCUGGGACAGAUCCGCUCGCUGCUCAUCGUCCAGAUGGGCCCUGAGGAGGAGAGGCUGAUGAUUCAGAGCAUCGGGUCAGUAGUACACAGUAGACUAGUAAAACAAUAUACUAUACAGAGAACAGGAUGGAUUGAGGAUCUACUGGAGGAACUGAGAAUCAACUUGAGCCUUCUCUCUCCAUCAGGAACAUCAUGAGCAACAAAGUGUUUUAUCAGCACCCCAACCUGAUGCGAGCGCUGGGCAUGCACGAGACUGUCAUGGAGGUGAUGGUCAACGUGCUGGGUGGUGGCGACUCCAAGGUAAAGUGGUUAUAUGGUUCGUAACUACAGGAUCAAUGAUUGGCUGAAAAUUCGAAAUGCGUUAAAUGUUAUUACACUGUAGUCAGUGCAUUCACCCUUCAUGUGUUCCUCUGCAGGAGAUCAGAUUCCCUCGUAUGGUCACCAACUGCUGUCGUUUCCUGUGUUACUUCUGUCGUAUCAGUCGUCAGAACCAGCGCUCCAUGUUCGAUCACCUCAGCUACCUGCUUCAGAACAGUGGCAUUGGCCUUGGUGAGGGACAUUGAUAUCUUCCAAUUGGUUCAUUCAUCCUCCCUCCUCUCCCCUGUAACUAUUCCCCAGAUCGUUGCUGUAAAUGAGAAUGUGUUCUCAGUCAACUUACCUGGUAAAAUAAUAAAAAUAUAAUAAAUACAAGUUUGUAUUCUUAUAAAUGGGAAAGAAAGGUUGACAUAAUUCCUCUAAAGGCAGAAUAGUUUUGCUGUGUGUUGGGACUGAACAUGUCAUGGAUGUCUUUCAGGAAUGCGUGGCUCCACCCCUCUAGACGUGGCUGCAGCAUCCUGCAUUGACAACAAUGAGCUGGCUCUGGCUCUACAGGAACAAGACCUGGAGAAGGUUGGACAUCCCCAACAAACACAUGCAGAUUCUCUGAUGCAGCCGCAUAUAUCACAUUGGUCAUCUCUCUUUCUGUCUCUUUUGUCCUGUGUUUUUCCUCCCAGGUGGUGAAGUACCUCGCAGGCUGUGGGCUCCAGAGCUGUCCCCAGCUCCUGGCUAAGGGUUACCCUGACAUUGGCUGGAACCCCUGCGGUGGGGAGAAAUACCUGGACUUCCUCCGCUUUGCUGUCUUCGUCAAUGGUCUGUGUUUGCGGACCUCGUAAUGGAAUACACUACUGUUGGGAUGAUGUCUUUAGGAGUCUUUCCGUUUGCUUUCAUCACUGAGUGUGGUUUGGCUCUAUGCCCCCCUGUAGGAGAGAGCGUAGAGGAGAACGCCAAUGUGGUGGUGCGUCUUCUGAUCCGUCGGCCGGAGUGUUUUGGCCCGGCCCUGAGAGGAGAGGGUGGGAACGGUCUGCUGGCUGCUAUAGAGGAGGCCAUCAAGAUCUCUGAGGAUCCUGCCAGGGACGGCCCCACUGUCAAGAAAGACAGACGCUUCCCCGGCAUGUAAGAACCACUGAGGGACUCGGCUGAUUGAAUAUCUACAGUAUUUACUAGCGUAGUAGAUGAGAACUUGUUCUCCUUUGACAAGUUUUGGGCCUACAUGUGUUGAUUCUUCCUUUCUCCUGGUAGGUUCCCUGGUGGGGAGGAGCAGCAUGAGGAGAACAAGGUUCACCUGGGGAAUGCCAUCAUGUCUUUCUAUUCUGCUCUCAUUGACUUGCUGGGACGCUGCGCUCCAGAGAUGCAUGUGAGUACUGAGCAUUGGAAAACCUUAAGAGAGAAGCUAAGGCUAAUGGAAUGGAGCUAGCAAGCUGCUGUGGUUCAUUCUAAGACGUUGCUAUUUUUUGUUCAUCCCCCAGUUGAUCCAAGCUGGGAAGGGUGAGGCGCUGAGGAUCAGGGCCAUCCUGAGGUCCCUGGUGCCCAUAGAGGACCUGGUGGGAGUCAUCAGCCUGUCUGUCCAGAUACCAGACUUUGGAAAAGGUGAGCCAGAGGCGAAACCAUUUGGAUUAAAUGAACUGUUGUGUUGGCUCAAGGAAAGAGAAUCUUGACGUCUUGAUGAUGAAAUGGAACUAAAGAGGGUUUAAGUUUAGUUUGAUCAUAAUGUAUCCCCUUUUAUAUCUGUAAUUAGUCAAAAUUGUUAAUUAAAGUGAGUCCUGCCAUUAUUCUCCUGUCUUUUGGGAUGUCUAGAUAACAGCGUCAUUGAACCCAAGAUGUCUUCCAGUUUUGUGCCGGACCACAAGGCUCCAAUGGUGCUGUUCCUUGACAGAGUGUAUGGUAUUGACAACCAAGACUUCCUGCUUCAUGUGCUGGAGGUGGGCUUCCUGCCUGACAUGAGGGCAGCUGCUUCUCUGGACACAGUGAGUCAGCCUCUCUCUAUCUCACUACUCAUAUUAACAUUGUCUGGUCUUAUGCUCGUCUUUGAGUUAGAUGUCAUAUAAACACUUUUUUAAUUGAAUAGGUAGUUUGUGGUCUUUUGAAUGCAGAGAAUAUGACCGUUUAAAUGGAUCUCUCCCCGCUAGGUGGCUUUCUGCACCACAGAGAUGGCCCUGGCUCUGAACCGCUACCUCUCUCUGGCCGUGCUGCCCCUCAUCACCAAGUGUGCCUUCCUGUUCGCUGGCACUGACCACCGGGCCAUUAUGAUCGACUCUAUGCUGCACACCAUCUACCGUCUGUCCCGCGGACGAGCCUUCACUAAGGCCCAGAGAGAUGUUAUAGAGGAGUGUCUCAUGGCUUUGUGCAAGUGAGUUGGACUUGUUACCCUGGCACGGUUGACCUUCUAACUGUUGUUAUCUAACGUCUGUCUUUCUGCGUUGUGUAAGUGGAAUUUCUUCUUUAUUCCCUCUAAGUUAAUGUUAAUGUCUCCUGGACAUUGGGAUGUCCUCUUCCGUAAACUGUUUGUACAGUGAACUUUUAGUGAGGUGUUUAACCAUGCUUGAUAGAUGUAUUUAUUAUUAUUUAUUUAGAUUAUUUACAUGUGCUUAUUUAUUUGCCUCUAUUUCUUAGGAAUCUGCGGCCGUCCAUGUUACAGCACCUGUUGAGAAGGCUGGUAUUUGAUGUGCCAAUUCUCAAUGAAUAUGCCAAAAUGCCUCUCAAGGUAUGGACAUGACUUAACCGGUCAUUAGACAAUCCAAUCUUUAUAGAAACAAAACAAAGAAAUGAAGAUCAAGAUACAGCCAAUGAACUGAUCAUCCAGAUGUUAGUAUGUAAAAUUAAGCUGAUUUCAUAAUGUUCUUUUGUUGUCUGCAGCUUUUGACCAAUCACUAUGAGCGUUGUUGGAAGUACUAUUGCCUGCCCAACGGCUGGGGCAACUUUGGAGUGUCAUCAGAGGAAGAGCUGCAUCUCACCCGCAAACUCUUCUGGGGCAUUUUUGAGUCCCUGGCCCACAAGGUUAGACUAUUACACUGAUAUAUCAGCUGCAUGGAAAACUUUUCCACUAGGAAAUGUUUGGCUACAAUAAGAAAACGUUGAUACGGUAUAUCAUUGUAGAAAAAUAUUUCACUAUGUCCUCUGGUUAUGAUUUCAGAAAUUUGAUGCUGAGCUGUUCAAAAUUGCCAUGCCGUGCAUAUGCGCCAUUGCUGGGGCCAUCCCUCCAGAUUAUGUAGAUGCCAGCUACUCCUCCAAGACUGAGAAGAAAGCUUUGGUGGAUGCAGAGGGAAACUUUGAUCCUAAACCAGUGGAGACCACAAAGUAAGACCGUAGAAUGGGAGAGGGUGGAGAGGUGAAGGAAGGGCGGUAAACCAAUAGGAGAAUACUCUAAAACAAUUUAGAUAAGAUACAGUAUCGACGGACAGUUUUGAUAUUUUCAUAAAUAUUAUGCAAUAUCCUCUGCUUUUAGCCACUGUAUAAGGUAAGGUAUGACUAUGGCGUACUGAAGUCUACUACAUUUUGUAUUGUAGUACUAUCAUCCCUGAGAGAUUGGACGGCUUCAUCAACAAAUAUGCUGAGCACACACAUGACAAGUGGGCUUUUGAAAAGGUCAGUAAAAAUAUCAAUGUUAAGUGUUUGUGUAUAAACAUCAGUUGUACUGUGUAACUGAAAUAAUGUGAUGUAUGUCUGUUCACCUGCAGAUUCAGAAUAACUGGACGUAUGGAGAGAUUUUGGAUGAAAAUUCUAAAACGCACCCCAUGCUCCGACCGUACAAAACAUUCUCAGAGAAGGUAAGAAGCACAGUUGAUCAUUUUCUUAUGCAAAGCAUAGUCAUUUCUGUCAGCCACCGCAGAUCUUUACGUUGCUGCUCUCUGAUGCCCUCAGUCUGUAAUGAUCUCUUCCCUUAUAGGACAAAGAGAUCUACCGUUGGCCCAUCAAGGAGUCCAUGAAAGCCAUGAUUGCAUGGGAGUGGACCCUUGAUCAAACGAGGGAAGGAGAGGAAGCAAAGACUGAGCAGAAGAAGGCAGCUCGGAAGAUCUCUCAGACUGCACAGGUACAGAGAAAUGGGAAGAUCCAAAAGGAUGAAUAACUGUUCUACAGAUCAGACAGAGAUGAUAAAAAGUGUGAAUGAAUAUUAUGAAUACAAAUAUGUGUAUUUCAGGCAACAUAUGACCCCAGCCAUGGCUACAGUCCCCAACCAAUUGAAAUAUCCCACAUGGCACUGUCAAGAGAGCUGCAGGUAUGAUCACACUGAAGGUUGGACCAUCCCUCUUAUUUGCUUUACAUUGUUAUUUGAUCACAUUUUUUCUUCUUCUAAUUUCUAAUUUGCCCAGUCCAUGGCAGAACAACUUGCAGAGAACUAUCACAACACAUGGGGUCGAAAGAAGAAGAUGGAGCUGCAGUCCAAAGGUCAGAGGUCAUUCUGUUCUGAGGGGGGAAAAGGGGAGGAUACAGACUACAGAAUUGCCAGUCACCUUUCUCAUUAACAAAGUUAAUGGCAGCUCUGUGUGUUUUGACUGUGUCUAGGAGGCGGCUCCCACCCGUUGCUAGUACCCUAUGACACCCUGACAGCAAAAGAAAAGGCACGAGACAGAGAAAAGGCUCACGAGCUUCUCAAAUUCCUUCAACUUAAUGGAUUUGCGGUCACCAGGUAAAAGGAAAAGUCAUUGAAGUUCUAGAAACAACUGAAUAUGUAUUAACAAAUCAUGCUUUCUCUAGGGGAAUGAAAGACAUGGAGUCAGACAUCUCAUCUAUCGAGAAGCGCUUUGCCUAUGGUUUCCUGCAGAAGCUGUUGAAGUGGAUGGAGAUCGCCCAAGAGUUCAUAGCUCAUCUUGGUAGAGUUGGCUCUGGGAGGAGGGUGGAUGAUGAUAACCAAUGAAAUAGUGCUCCGUUAAUGUCAGAGUUGACAUUUAAUUUGUUAACAAUACUCCAAAAUGUUGUCUUGUGUGUUUUCUUCAGAGGCUGUGGUGAGCAGUGGCAGAGUGGAGAAGUCGCCUCAUGAGCAGGAGAUCAAAUUCUUUGCAAAGGUGAGAGCAGAAUCCCUGUGAAACGGCCGAUCUCGAGGGGAGAUGCCAUUUGAUUCAACUGUUCCAUGUUUACUGCAGGGGUAUAAGAAUAGAUGGGAUAAUGAUGAACCACACAUACAUUGUAAUAUUGUUGUAUGGUGGUAUUAUACAUUUUGUAUUGUAGAUAUGUAGUGGAGUAAUAAUGUUAUAUGAUGUACUGUUUUAUAUGUAAUAUUAGUGCCUUAAUGUGUUUGGACCCCAGGAAAGAGCUAAUGGGGAUCCCUAAUAAAAACAAAUACAAAUUAACUGUGUUUGUCUCAGAUCCUGUUGCCCCUGAUCAACCAGUACUUUAAAAACCACUGUCUGUACUUCCUGUCCACACCGGCCAAAGUCCUGGGUAGUGGAGGACAUUCCUCUAACAAGGAGAAAGAGAUGAUUGCCAGGUAACUCUCUGUCACGUCGUAUUAAGUAUAUUGUUACGCCUCACUGUAGUUAGCCACUUUUAUCUCUCUUCAUCCUUUCAAGUCUCUCUUUUGAUUCUGUGCUGUAAUUUCUCCCUUUCUCUUACCUUUAUUUCCAUCAUUCAUUAUCUUUCUCUGCAUUUCCUCCUCUUUUCUAUUGGUUUUCUCUCCCGCUGUAGUAUCUUCUGUAAAAUGGCUGCUCUGGUGAGACAUAGAGUUUCUCUCUUCGGUAAGACAUCUGCGUUGUCCUGAUGAUUUAGUUCUGUCUCGACCAGUCAGCUGUUGUCUAUUCCUUUAUAUUUUCCUCUGCACUAUUUAAGGGAAUGACGCCCCUGCUAUUGUCAACUGUCUUCACAUCCUGGCACGGUCUCUCGAUGCAAGGUAAUCGCCACUCUGAAAUGUGUUCACAAUCCGAAUACAAAGGUAUUGGAUCAAGAUUUUCUCAUAGCCGUCCUCUGUUCCCUGCUCUGUAUUCCUCAGGACGGUGAUGAAGUCUGGGCCUGAGAUUGUGAAGGCAGGGCUCCGGUCGUUCUUUGAGGGUGCAGCUGAUGAUAUCGAGAAGAUGGUGGAGAAUCUCAAACUGGGCAAGGUGUCUAAAGGCAACCAGGUAAGUGUCUACAAGAGAACAGGUAGGAAUUGAACAAUUCCAGAACUAACUGUUGCCUUUUGGUCUGAAAUGUCUUGUCCUACUGUAUGGUCCGUCUACAGCAGGUGAAAGGCGUGUCCCAGAACAUCAACUACACCACCAUCGCUCUGCUCCCAGUCCUCACCUCCCUGUUUGACCACAUCUCUCAGCACCAGUUUGGAGAUGAUGUCAUGCGUGAGUCAUAUGCCAUCACAGCAUUCAUGUGAUGACACAGCAUUCAAGUUGACUUACUCUCAAAACUGUGAAAAAGUGUCUUGUUGACUUUGUUAACCGUGUUUGUGUGUGUGUGUGUUCUUGGUGGUCAGUGGAUGAUCUCCAGACGUCAUGUUACCGCAUCAUGUGUGCCAUCUAUUCCCUGGGCAGUGUCAAGAACCCUCAUGUGGAGAGGUGAGUCUGGAUCUGGCUCUGUUUCUCUGUGUUAACAGUACAGCAAUACAAAGCUGAUCAUCUGUGAGUUUGACUGCCCUUGUCGUCCCUCCUCCAGGCAGAGGCCAGCUCUGGGGGAGUGUCUGGCCCAUCUGGCCGCUGCUAUGCCUGUGGCCUACCUGGAGCCCCAUCUCAAUGAGUACAAUGCCUUCUCUGUCUACACCACCAAGACCCCUAGAGAAAGAGCCAGUGAGUGUCCAUCUGCUCCUGUGACUUGUUCUCUGUCCAACCUUGACUUCGAGUUCCUCAACACACUCUCCUCUAACCUUUUCUCUCACUCUCUCACUCACUCUCUCACUCACUCUCUCACUCUCUCACUCUCUCUCUCACUCUCUCUUUAUUUCUUUCUUUCUUUCUUUCUUUCUUUCUUUCUUUCUUUCUUUCUUUCUUUCUUUCUUUCUUUCUUUCUUUCUUUCUUUCUUUCUUUCUUUCUUUCUUUCUUUCUUUCUUUCUUUCUUUCUUUCUUUCUUUCUUUCUUUCUUUCUUUCUUGAUGUCAAGUCUUGGGUCUGCCCAACGAGGUCCAGGAGUUAUGCCAGGACAUACCAGAGCUAGACGUUCUGUUGAAAGAGAUUGGGGACUUGGCAGAGUCAGGUGCCCGUUACACUGAGAUGCCCCAUGUGAUCGAGAUCACUCUGCCCAUGCUGUGUAACUACCUGCCCCGCUGGUGGGAGAGAGGAGUAGAGAACUUCCCUGAGCUGGAGGGCCAGAUCUGCACCGACGUCACCUCUGACCAGCUCAACCAGCUGCUGGGCAGCAUCAUGAAGAUCGUGGUCAACAACCUGGGCAUUGACGAGGCCUCCUGGAUGAAGAGGCUGGCUGGUGAGGUUGCCACAAUGCUAUGUGUGUACUAUGCCCGUGUGUGUGUUUCCUUGCCAUCUCACCAUCGCCACUCCUCUUCUAUCCCUAGUCUUCUCCCAGCCUAUUGUGAGCAGGGCCAAGCCAGAGAUGCUCAAGUCCCAUUUCAUCCCCACCAUGGAGAAGCUGAAGAAGAGGACAGGGAAGGUGGUGGCAGAAGAGGACCACCUGCGUAUGGAGGGGAAGGCUGAGGGGGAUGAGGAGGAGGGUACCAUCAGGGAUGAGUUUGCUGUGCUCUGCAGGGACUUGUACGCCCUCUACCCUCUCCUCAUCCGCUAUGUGGACAAUAACAGGUACAGCACACAGGCGAACUAGUGGCCAGUCAUGUUUUUUCUUGAGAAAUGUACACGGCCUCUCGAUCACUAGAACCUUAAAGAGAUGUCCUCCAUUUUCAGGGCGAGGUGGUUGACAUGCCCAGACCCAGAUGCAGAGGAGCUCUUCAGAAUGGUUGGAGAGGUCUUCAUCUUCUGGUCCAAAUCUCAUGUGAGUGUAAAUCCUGUCAUAUCACCAGCAGCAUACCAUCCUGCAUCCCGCUGCUGGUUAGCCUCUGAAGUUAAGCAGGGUCAGUCCUGGACAGGCCCUGGAUGGGAGACCAGAUGCUGCAUGAAGUGGUGUUGGAGGGCCAGUAGGGGGCACACUUUUCUCUGGUCUUAAGACGAUCUAAUUCCAAUGCCCCAGGGCAGUGAAGGGGACAUUGCCCUGCGUAGGGUGCCAUCUUUCAGAUGGGACGUUAAACGGGUGUCCUGGCUCUCUGUAGUCAUUAAAAAUCCCAUGGCACUUAUCGUGAGACUAGGGGUGUUAACCCUGGUGUCCUGGCUAAAUUCCCAACCAGGCCCCAUUUCCAUCAUGGCCACCUAAUCAUCCCCCUCAUUCCAAAUUGGCAUGUAUCACUCUUUACCUUUCCACCAUGCUAGAUGACGUGUGGUGAGUGUUCUGGCACAAAAUGGUUGCCGUACGUCACCCAGGUGGGUGCCACACAUUGGUGGUGGAUGAGAUGAGUUUCCCCCUUACUAUGUAAAGCGCUUUGAGUACCUCAGUUGGUGCUAUAUAAACCCAAUACAUUAUUAUUACCACCUUUUCUUUCUUGUGUCUCUGUAGAACUUCAAGCGAGAGGAGCAGAACUUUGUGGUGAUGAAUGAGAUUAAUAACAUGUCUUUCCUGACUGCUGACAGCAAGAGCAAGAUGAGUAAGGUGAGCCAAUACAGACCAUCUGGGGUUAAAAAGAUGAGUAAGGUGAGCCAAUACAGACCAUCUGGGGUUAAAAAGAUGAGUAAGGUGAGCCAAUACAGACCAUCUGGGGUUAAAAAGAUGAGUAAGGUGAGCCAAUACAGACCAUCUGGGGUUAAAAAGAUGAGUAAGGUGAGCCAAUUCAGACCAUCUGGGGUUAAAAAGAUGAGUAAGGUGAGCCAAUAAAGAGCAUCUGGGGUUAAAAAGAUGAGCAAGGUGAGCUAAUACAGACCAUCUGGGGUUAAAAAGAUGAGUAAGGUGAGCCAAUACAGACCAUCUGGGGUUAAAAAGAUGAGUAAGGUGAGCCAAUACAGACCAUCUGGGGUUAAAAAGAUGAGUAAGGUGAGCCAAUACAGACCAUCUGGGGUUAAAAAGAUGAGUAAGGUGAGCCAAUACAGACCAUCUGGGGUUAAAAAGAUGAGUAAGGUGAGCCAAUUCAGACCAUCUGGGGUUAAAAAGAUGAGUAACGUGAGCCAAUAAAGAGCAUCUGGGGUUAAAAAGAUGAGCAAGGUGAGCUAAUACAGACCAUCUGGGGUUAAAAAGAUGAGUAAGGUGAGCCAAUACAGACCAUCUGGGGUUAAAAAGAUGAGUAAGGUGAACCAAUACAGACCAUCUGGGGUUAAAAAGAUGAGCAAGGUGAGCCAAUACAGACCAUCUGGGAUUAAAAAGAUGAGUAAGGUGAGCCAAUACAGACCAUCUGGGGUUAAAAAGCCAUUCAGUUACCUUCAGCGUUGAAAUGUUGUGACAUGUUGGACUGAUGUCAGCAGAUUUGGGAAGACUAUGAAUUUCUGAAACAUCUAUCAUAAAUGAGGCCAUCAUUUUCACUGCAGAAACAAUGUAGCCAGCAAUUCGUUUCACAUCCUGCAUCGUUUGCUUUCAAAUGUUUCAUCAACAAAAAAUAUGUUUCACAUACUUAAUUGGCAAUUGAUUUAUUAUCUCCUCCUAACCUAUUGUAGCUAACCAUGUUGAGUUUAAUUUACCUAUACAAAUCGGUGGAUCUUUUUCAAAACUGUGUACUUGAUAUCUGCAUAGCACAAUAUUGUAUCAUCACUGACAAUAACCCAACAGAAAAGGCUCUUCUUUCAAGUCUUUUCCCUACACAAUCUUCAGCAGGUAUUGUAUAUUGGAAAGCUUAAAAAACGGUUUGUGUUUUUUUUCGAUCAUUUUGAUAACUUUUUAGCCCUGUAUUUCAUGUCUGUCUCGCCAUCUGAGGACUAAGAGAAGCACCUCUAUAAGAUGAGGCAGUGUAUAUGUCAGUAGAGGUUGAGUAUUGUGACUAUAGCAGGUGUGUUAACAGUGUUCUCUCUUUGACUGUCCCUUGUCCUUUUUUUCUGUGUUGACGCUGGGUUUCUAGGGCAGCGACUCAGAGGUUAGACUUUGUUUCUGCACGACCGCUGUGCUGACCGCAUGGCACCUCACUUUGAGGGGCUUUUCAUCAACUCCUCCGACACACUGGCACACCAGGACACCACAACCACACUUCUAGCAUGUUCUAGUACAACACCCACACACAACUAGCGGCAAAUACUUUGCAUAUAGAUACAGUUGUGCAUGUCCACUCAGUAACUAGCUACGUGUUUUGCACAACACUGCAACACCAAUGGGAAUAAACUGGGUCCAGCAUUUCACAUGUUUAUAUCUGCACUAUGACACACAGAAAUAGAAAACAGUUGCUGUGAGUUUACUUUCAUGCGUCACUGAUACCAUUUGGAUCCAGUUACACUGUCAGCAACAUUGUGGACAGGCCUGUGUUCACAUAUCUAGACAGUGACAUACGCUCAGCUAGACGUCUACUCUUAAUCUCUCAUUAAACAUUUACUGAUAAACUGCAUAGAAUUACAUUCGUAAACACACUUGUGUGUGAGGUCAGGUGACCGACACAAUACUCCACACAAUGCCAGACAGAAAAAGCAAGAGCACCUUUCAAGCAGACAUGCACCAUACUGAUACAACACUAUUGGACGAAGGGGCGGGCCAUCGUGGGCCACCCUCAGUCCUGCCAGUGUGUGACGGGGGGAGUCUGGAGGCGCUUGAUGAAAGUGCUCUGCCGUAGAGGCGGGCUCAUGGCACUAGGCUCCGCACCAGGCCUGCCCAAAGCAGCAGUGGGAGCAGAGUGCCAUCAUCCUGCCAAUGAGUUUGCACUUAGUUGAUUGUAGUUGGGUUGGAGUCAUCCUUUCAUGUCUUUUACUUUUCUGUUGAAGGUUGGUUGGUCUAUAGCGUUUGUGAUCGAGCUCCCUCCACAAGGGGAUGCUGCUCAGCACUCACUCCUCCUCCCUUUAACUGCCGUGUCAGACCAUGGCUUAGCUUCAUCAUAUCCCCCAGUCAGUCUCCACCCACCCACCUGUCCCCAUUUAACCCUGACCUGUCACUAUAUUUAACAGGACUGAAGCAGGUCUCUGGAACAAGCUCUAUAGUGCUCGAUGUGACUUGACCUCACCCCAAUCUAUUUUAAUCAAACCUGUCUUCUAUAAUCUCCCCUAAAAACGUUGUACCCACCUUCCUCUAAACUAGCCUUAUUCAUAACACACUCCUUGCAUUGAAGUACUGGUUUGGAGAACUUAUCUGUGGCUUUGACACACUCCUACCACUCACACACACUCACAGGGAAACGUAACGGGAAAAAAAGCUAGGUGCACUUUUUUGGCGUGAGGGGCGUUCUCUGACAUACAUAUACUUAGAGAAGUUCAAUGUAACACAUUGUUCUCACUUUUCAACACUGCGGAUUCCCUUAGUGCUUCAGAGCAUUUAUCCACAACACAUUCUCUGUUUGUAGCGACUUUGCCAUAGAAGUAGCAAUUAGAAUACUCAUUUAAUAGGAUCUCUAUGGGCUUUGCAUCCUCUCCUGUUCUAUGGGGUGGCCAUUACUGUGGGGCCGUCUGUUAUCUUCACUCCCUUGGCCAACCUCAGCCUGCUGUAUGACACACACACACACACACACACACACACACACACACACACACACACACAUACAAGCUUGCUGGGGACGUCAGAGACGGCAGACAACAGACAAUAAUGUUCCCUCACAGAAACAGCACAAGAGAGUGGGAGGAGAGCACAGGGGCGAUGGGACGUAUCACAUGGACAUUUUGGUUUGCUUGUGUGAUUUGCUAAUUGGUAGCUAACACCUUAGUCUGAUUCUAGUUCCCAUCAACAUGAUGUUACUAACAGCAAAUAGUUUUUUGUGUUUUCAACAGGAGCUUUUGUUACUCUCCAACACCAUGUAACGUAUUCAUUCUUCACCUAGUGCUGCUGGUGCCAAACCCACCUGAGAAACAUACUGUAGAAGGUUGUUUUUAACCAGUGUUUCGAAUGCUGAAUGAUUUUUCAUGUGAACGCAAUGUGUGUUUUGUAAGCAUGAUUUUAUCUGUGCCGUUUUACUGAUUUCCUGUCCUACAGAUUAGAAUGAUUCCUUUCAGUUGUCCUCCCCCAACCCCAACACCCCCUCCUUCCACCAUAGCGCCAAUCCCUGUCCUUCUCAAUACAUUAUUACAUUCUCACAUUCCCCUCCCAUUUCCAGCCAAGAGUUCAGAGAAACAGAUCAUUAUGGUGCUGAGAUGUAGCCCUCAUUCUGGGCAUCCGUAGGUUGUUCAUUGCCUGUCCACCUGCAGCAAAUACUGAAGGAUAUGAUAAUGUGAAGGAACUGACCUAGAUGACGGGUUCAGAGAGGAGUCCAUGGCUCUUGAUAUUAGAGGUUAAUGGUAUUGUAAUAGCUACUGUCCGGGUGAACAGGUAGGGGGACACUGUGUAACUCAACAGGUCAUUCAAAUGAGAAGAAAUGGUCACAUUUCCACUGGAUUACAGGUAUCAAGCUGGGAAUAAUGUGACGAGCACAUUAUGGUUUUAGUAGAUUGCACAAAGUUCAUGUAUAUAGAUUAGUGCAUUUAAUGUCAAAUAUACAGUACAAUGUAGAAGUAGUUGUUUUUCUAUUGUAGUAGUGUUCAUAAUGAUUAGGUAGACCAGGACUUUUAUUGAGAAAGUAUAGUGAUUGUGAGUGUUGUGCCAUUGAAUCAGUGCUGUCGUGGGUUCAAUGCUAAGCAGUGUUAAUUGAUACGUGGUACAGUGCCCCGCAUAGUGGUUGUGGCGCCAACCGUAUGUAUGAAGAAAACAUGUGUAACGCCUUGGUCCCCCCUUAUGUUCUCAGGCUGGUGGCUCAGACGUGGAGCGUACCAAGAAGAAGAGACGGGGAGACCGUUACUCAGUGCAGACGUCACUUAUUGUGGCUGCCCUGAAAAAGAUGCUCCCCAUCGGCCUCAACAUGUGUUCCCCUGCUGAUCAGGAGCUUAUCAACCUGGCCAAGAUCCGAUACUCUUUGGUAGUGUGUCCUCGGCUGUCUUAAAUAACUCUGCCAUAGUAACCAUGUAUCAGACUAGUCUUAUGUGCCAGACCCAUAGGGCUGUAUAUCUAGACAGAGAACUUGUUCCAAAAUAAAUAUAAAAACAUUUUCUUCCAGAGGGACACUGAUGAGGAAGUAAGGGAGUUCUUGCAAAACAACCUGCAUCUUCAAGGAAAGGUAAGUUGGAGUGGGUUUAUACAGUAAAGUGAUACAUGGUGUUCUGUUGUGAUGGUCCAGCUGCAGUGUGUUCCUCCAGCUGCAAUGUGUGUUCCUCCAGCUGCAGUGUGUUCCUCCAGCUGCAGUGUGUGUUCCUCCAGCUGCAGUGUGUGUGUGUUUCUCCAGCUGCAGUGUGUGUGUGUUUCUCCAGCUGCAGUGUGUUCCUCCAGCUGCAGUGUGUGUGUGUGUGUUGUGUUCAGGUAGAGAACCCGUCCAUGCGUUGGCAGAUGUCCCUAUAUAAGGAGAUGGCAGGGAAAGCUGAGGAUGCUGACGCUCCAGAGAAAGUGGUUAAGAGGGUGCAGGAGGUGUCUGCUGUGCUCUAUCACAUUGAGGUGGUGAGUAGAGUAGUACACCCAUUUUCAAUCCUACAGCAUCAAUAUAAUCCUACAGCAUCAAUAUAAUCCUACAGCAUCAAUAUAAUCCUACAGCAUCAAUAUAAUCCUACAGGGUCAAUAUAAUCCUACAGCGUCAAUAUAAUCCUACAGCAUCAAUAUAAUCCUACAGCAUCAGUAUAAUCCUACAGCGUCAAUAUAAUCCUACAGCGUCAAUAUAAUCCUACAGCAUCAAUAUAAUCCUACAGCAUCAAUAUAAUCCUACAGCAUCAGUAUAAUCCUACAGCGUCAAUAUAAUCCUACAGCGUCAAUAUAAUCCUACAGCAUCAAUAUAAUCCUACAGCAUCAAUAUAAUCCUACAGCGUCAAUAUAAUCCUACAGCGUCAAUAUAAUCCUACAGCGUCAAUAUAAUCCUACAGCGUCAAUAUAAUCCUACAGCGUCAAUAUAAUCCUACUGCGUCAAUAUAAUCCUACAGCGUCAAUAUAAUCCUACUUCACACACAUGGCAUGAUGUCAGUGGUGCCGUUUCUCUCAAUUCUUUCUUCUCUCACUUAGACGGAGCACCCCUUCAAAUCCAAAAAGAUGGUGUGGCACAAACUGUUGUCCAAGCAGAGACGCAAGGCUGUGGUAGCCUGCUUUAGGAUGACGCCACUCUACAACCUACCCAGGUGAGAGAGAUUACAACAGUAUUGUAUUCAAACACAUAUACACUGUGUAUACAAAACAUUAAGAACAUAUUAUUAAUAUGUUCAUAAUAUUGAGUUGCACCCCCCCCCCCCCCCCCAGCCCUCAGAACAGCCUCAAUUCGUUGGGGCAUGGACUCUACAAGGUGUCGAAAGUGUUCCACAGGGAUGCUGACCCAUGUUGUGUCAAAUUGGCUGGAUGUCCUUUGGGUGGUGGACCAUUCUUGAUUCACACGGUAUACUGUUGAGCGUGAAAAACCCAGCAGCGUUGCAGUUCUUGACACAAACCGGUGUGCCUGGCACCUACUACCAUACCCCAUUCAAAGGCACUUAUAUCGUUUGUCUUUCCCAUUCACCCUAUGAAUAGCAGAGAUGCACAAUCCAUGUCUCAAUUGUGUCGAGGCUUAAAAAUCCUUCUUUAACCUGUCUCCUCCCCUUCAUCUACACUGAUUUGAAGUGGAUUUAACAAGUGACAUCAAUAAGGGAUCAUAGCUUUCACCUGGAUUCACCUGGUCAGUCUAUGUCAUGGAAAGAGGAGGUGUUCAUAAUGUUUCGUACACUCACUGUAUAGUUAGUAGCACACAGUCACAAGUAAAAGACAGAUACUAACAUCGUUUUUGUCUGACUCACAGGCAUAGAGCUUCCAAUAUGUUCCUGGAAGGAUACAAACGCAACUGGAUCCAUACUGAGGGCUACUCCUUUGAGGACAGAAUGAUAGACGACUUGUCUGUAAGCUCUGCCGCCGCAUUCUUGAUUCACCUUUUGAGGAUUUCAGGAUCUGUGAGUUUCCUCCUAUAGUUUCACUCCCACAUCUCUUUCUCUUUCCCAGAAAGCCAUGGAGCAGGAAGGAGAGGAGGAGGAAGAGACGGAGACCAAGCCAGACCCCCUUCACCAGCUCAUUUUGCAUUUCAGUCGUACUGCUCUCACAGAAAAGAGGUGGGACUCCUUUUCUCCCUCAAGCAUUUUAGUUGAGCAGCUUUUGGAUUGAAUUCAACAGUAAAUACACAUCUCCACCUUUGACAUCUUGCCUCUUUCUUCUCUUUGUUACAGUAAACUUGAUACAGAUUACCUAUAUAUGGCAUAUGCUGAUAUUAUGGCAAAGGUGAGCUAUCUUUCUGUUUGAAUUACAUUUUAGCAGGUAACGUUUUAGCGUGUUAUGGUUAUUUGUAUAUUCAUGUGUUGUUGUUUUGUUGUUUACAGUAUGUAAUGUUAAUUUUUUUCUUGUCUUUGUGUUGUAGAGCUGCCACAUUGGUGAGGAGGACGAAGGAGGAGAGGAGGUGGAGGAAGGGGCUGAGGAUGAGAUGUCCUUUGAGGUGCGACAGACAGAACUGGUAUGGGGCGACCAGGGACAGGGGACCGGGGAGACACUGGAGCGGUAGCUCUCAACGCAUCGAGUGACCACAUCAUCCACUGCACAUCUCUCUCUUCUCUCUCUUCUCCCUCAUCUCUCUUUUGUCUCUCCUGUCUGUUCCGUCUCUCUUUAUACUGUAUGUGUGUUGCUUCAUCCUAAAUGUUAUCUGUUCGGUCCCUCUUUCUCCUUAUGUGUGUUUUGCGUCAACCCAAAUGUUUCUGGAUUGUACCUUGCCGUUGUGGUUAACAUCGUGGUUAACAUUCUGGAGAUGUUGCAUGACAAAGUGAUCAGAAAAAAACACAUUCUGUAAACCAGGGAUCAUCAACUAGAUUCUUCCACGGGUCUGUUUUUUUCUUGAGCGGAUGGUCGGUGGGCUGGAACAUAAUUACAAAUCAUUUGUAGAAUGCAAAUUUAUUGUAAGAAGCCCAAACAGAUAUAAUAUUUGACGAAAACAUAAUCAUUUCAAACCUUCCUUACAUUUGUAUACAAUCAUGUGUCUCUAUUAUGCGUGGGAAUAUUUGGGAACAGAUUUCCAAAAUUACAAUCACCUGGAGCUGAUUUCCUGGUGUUUCUACAGUCUUUUAUGUCCAACAAUAUAAAGAAUGUAAGAAAUAUGUACAGUACCAGUCAAAAGUUUGGACACACCUACUCAUUCAAGGGUUUUUCUUUAUUUUUACUAUUUUUUACAUUGUAUAAUAAUAGUGAUGACAUCAAAACUAUGAAAUACACAUAUGGAAUCAUGUAGUAACCAAAAAAGUGUUAAGCAAAUCAAAAUAUAUUUUAUAUUUGAGAUUCUUCAAAUAGCCACCCUUUGCCUUGAUGACAGCUUUACACACUCUUGGCAUUCUCUCAACCAACUUCAUGAGGUAGUCACCUGGAAUGCAUUUCAAUUAACAGGUGUGCCUUCUUAAAAAUUAAUUUGUGGAAUUUCUUUCCUUCUUAAUGCGUUUGAGCCAGUCAGUUGUGUUGUGACAAGGUAGGGGUGGUAUACAGAAGAUAGCCCUAUUUGGUAAAAGACCAAGUCGAUAUUAUGGCAAGAACAGCUCAAAUAAGCAAAGAGAAACGACAAUCCAUCAUUACUUUAAGACAUGAAGGUCAGUCAAUACGGAACAUUUCAAGAACUUUGAAAGUUGCUUCAAGUGCAGUCGCAAAAACCAUCAAGCGCUAUGAUGAAACUGGCUCUCAUGAGGACCGCCACAGGAAUGGAAGACCCAGAGUUACCUCUGCUGCAGAGGAUAAGUUCAUUAGAGGUACCAGCCCAAAUAAAUGCUUCAGAGUUCAAGUCACAGACGCAUCUCAACAUCAACUGUUCAGAGGGGACUGUGUGAGUUAGGCCUUCAUGGUCGAAUUGUUGCAAAGAAACCACUACUAAAGAACACCAAUAAGAAGAAGAGACUUGCUUGGGCCAAGAAACACGAGCAAUGGACAUUAGACCGCUGGAAAUGUGUCCUUUGAUCUGGAGUCCAAAUUUGAGAUUUUUGGUUCCAACCGCUGUGUCUUGCUAAGAUGCGGUGUGGGUGAACGGAUGAUCUCCGCAUGUGUAGUUCCCACCGUAAAGCAUGGAGGAGGAGGUGUUAUGAUGUGGGGGUGCUUUGCUGGUGACAAUGUCUGUGAUUUAUUUAGAAUUCAAGGCACACUUAACCAGCAUGGCUACCACAGCAUUCUGCAGCGAUACGCCAUCCCAUCUGGUUUGGGCUUAGUGGGACUAUCAUUUGUUUUACAACAGGACAAUGACCCAACACACCUCCAGGCUGUGUAAGGGCUAUUUGACCAAGAAGGAGAGUGAUGGAGUGCUGCAUCAGAUGACCUGGCCUCCGCAAUCCCCCGACCUCAACCCAAUUGAGAUGGUUUGGGAUGAGUCGGACGGCAGAGUGAAGAAAAGCAGCCAACAAGUGCUCAGCAUAUGUGGGAACUCCUUCAAGACUGCUGGAAAAGCAUUCCAGGUGAAGCUGGUUGAGAGAAUGCCAGGAGUGUGCAAAGCUGUCAUCAAGGCAAAGGGUGGCUAUUUGAAGAAUCUCAAAUAUAAAAUAUAUUUUGAUUUGUUUAUCACUUUUUUGGUUACUACAUGAUUCCAUAUGUGUUAUUUCAUCGUUUUGAUGUCUUCACUAUUAUUCUACAAUGUAGAAAAUAGUAAAAAUAAAGGAAAACCCUUGAAUGAGUAGGUGUGUCCAAACUUUUGACUGGUACUGUAUAUAUUAUAAUUUUUUGCUCAGAAACCACCUGCGGGCCAAAUUCUGCGGGCCAAAUUCGGCCCGCCAGUUCAGGAACCCUGCUGUAGACCAUACAAAAAUCAUAUGGACCAUCCUAAAGUAUUGACCUACCUGCUAAGCACAAAGUUCCACUGAUGUGUAUUCCUUCAAAUUGGCAGGCAGAAUGUGUUUACAUGGGUCAAAUUAAUGUUGUCAAGAUAUAAUGGCUCCUCCAUUUUUUUCGCCAGAAAUACAUUUUACAUUUUCCGUAGUUUGUAUAUACAUUCAGUGGCCAGUUUAUUAGGUACACCACCCCAUUCACAAAAAUUAUUCGCUCCUACAGACAGUGAGUAACGUGGCUUGCUAUAUAAAACAGGCAGACAGGCAUCGAGGCAUUCAUUUACUGUUCGAUUGAAAGUUAGAAUGGGCAAAACAAGGGACCUAAGCGACUUUGAGCGUGGUAUGAUUGUUGGUGCCAGGCACACUGGUUCCAGUAUCUCAGAAACGACUGGCCUCCUGGGCUUUUCACGCACGACAGUGUCUAGGGUUUACCGAGAAUGGUACGACAAACAAAAAACCACACCAGGUUCCACUCCUAUCAGCUAAAAAAAAGAAGAAGAGGCUCCAGUGGGCACGCGAUCACCAACACUGGACAAUUGAGGAGUAGAAAAACAUUGCUUGUUCCGACAAAUCCCAGUUUCUGUCGAGUCAGGAUUUGGCGUAAGCAGUAUUACCUUUUAUAUUAUAUGGUCCCAUCCUGCUUGGUGUCAUUUGUACAGGCUGGUGGUGUAAUGGUGUGGGGAAUGUCUUCCUGGCACACGGUAGGUCCCUUGAUACCAAUUGAGCAACUUUCCAUGCCCGAAGAAUUCAGGCUGUUCUGGUGGCAACGGGGGGUCCGACCCGGUAGUAGAUGGGUGUACCUAAUAAACUGAGUGUAUAUCGGUAUAUUUCAAUAUUUAUGUAAGUGGUAUAUUUGGAUGAAUAGGAGUUCUGUAAAUAGUUACCUUUAGAGUGGAGGAGGCCAUUAGCCAUGUUGUAAGUCACAUGUAUACUACCACACAUUGUCCCAAGUCUAUCCUAUCACUGUCGGCUCAUACCCCUUGUGUACUGUAUGGUCUUUCAUGUAGAUUCAGAUGGGAAUCUCUUAACAGAACAGAUCCUGUCUGUUUCUCAGAUGGGAAUCUCGAACAUAACUGAUCCUGUCUGUUUCUCAGAUGGGAAUCUCUAACAGAACUGAUCCUGUCUGUUUCUCAGAUGGGAAUCUCUAACAGAACUGAUCCUGUCUGUUUCUCACACCGUAACCAACUAAUAAACCUUUGACUGACCUCUGCCCCCUCUGUCUGUGGCAGUUCCAUGUUCUCUUUCUGCUCUUCCACUUACUCUGGCAUAACACGUUCAUUUCUAUUAACUGAAUGUUACUAAUCAAUGUUGUUCCUUUCCAUACUUACUUAGCGUAUUGACAAAUAAACUACAGUGAAAGCCAGUCUUCUCUCCCAGACAUAGACUGACACGUACAGUAACAGUAUGUGUACACAUAGUUACAGCAACAACACAUUCACUGGUAGACAAACUGUAUCCAAAAAUCCCUAUAGUUUCCAUGGAAACUCUCAGUAAGUAAUGUCAAGUACACCUUCACCACACUUACUGGGUAGACCAUGGUCAGGCAUACGCGGGUGGUGGGUGGUGCUUUGGGUGGGUGUGGGUGGGUUAGGAGGGUGGGAUGCUGUGGGUGGGGGGGAACUGAUAAAACAUGUUAGUAUUUUUAAUUACAUUUUGGUUUAAAGAAAAUGUUGGUUACAGUAUUAAAUCUGGUUAGUUUUUAUACCUUAUAUAUGCUUAACUGCAUUACAGCAAGAUUACAGUAAAUGUGGUUCUGUGACAAAGAGAUGUUUGGGCUUUUAAAAAUAAAAAUGUCAUAAUAUUCCUUUCAGCAGAACUGCUCCACUCUGAGGGCUGUGUAAAGUUCAAUGUGUGAUAUAAGACACCAGGGGAGACACUGUGGUUAUUCAAUAGAUCCUGUAUGGUCCUUUGCAUUGAAUAGCACUGCAGCAUGCAAGGUCAUCAGGGCUGUUUGCUGUAGUCUAACGUUUGCUCCAGUCAGCAAACGUGAAGAACUAGUUUAACGACUACAUGACUAAUUAACUGGGGAGAGAGAAUGAGACAGACAGGUGAUAUAAAGAUAAUGAAAUGUGUGGAAAACGAGUCAAAAAGCACAUGAAGCAUGCAGGUUUGAAUUGGUUUUUCCCAUACAAUACUAGGAAAAUGACAAGAAAUAGAGCAGAGAGUAGAUACUGAGAAUGAGAAACUAUUUCAAAUGUAGAUCGAUACAGUAUGUAGCACAGGAUGCUGGUGAGGGGAGGAUGGCUCAUAAUAAUGGCUGGAAUGGAGUCAAUGGAAUGGAAUCAAGUACAUGGAAACGAUGUGUUUGAUACUGUUCCGUUUAUUCCAUUCCAGCCAUUACGAUGAGCCUGUCCUCCCCAAUGAAGGUGCCACCAGCCGCCUGUGAUAUGUAGCAUAUAAAGCUAUAGGCCUACACUAUUUCAACAUUUAGGGCUGCAAGUCAGUGGAGGUUAGGGAGAACGUCUAGCCAGCUAGGGACAAUCUGUGUGAAUGCGGAGUGACUGCGGGGCGGCAGGUAGCUUAGUGGGUAAGAGCGUUGUGCCAGUAACCGAAAGGUCGCUGGUUCUAAUCCCCGAGCCGACUAGGUGAAAAAUCUGUCGAUGUGCCCUUAAGCAAGGCACUUAACCCUAAUUGCUCCUGUAAGUCGCUCUGGAUAAGAGCGUCUGCUAAAUGACUAAAAUGUAAAUGUAAAUGUAAAUGUGUGACCAUCAGGACACAGUCACAGCAUCUGUGUCCAUCGCAGGAGAAAGAGAUGGAGAAGCAGAGACUCCUAUACCAGCAGUCCCGUCUCCACAACCGUGGGGCGGCUGAGAUGGUGCUGCAGAUGAUCAGUGCCUGCAAAGGUACUUCCCCGGCCCAUACAGAACAUCUUGCAGGCUGCCUACAGGCUAACCCUACAAGUCAAUGUCUCUCAGUCACAGUACAUGUGUUUGAAGGAUACCUGUCAUGGUCGACACAUUACAAAUACUAUUUAUACCCGUCAUCUAGAAUGGUAAAGAGUACUUUUUGCUCCAUCUAGGUGAGACUGGCUGCAUGGUGUCCUCCACUCUUAAACUGGGCAUCUCCAUCCUAAACGGUGGUAACGUUGAGGUUCAACAGGUAAGUAUCAUCCCAGUGGGCUCUAUCCAUCUGACCUGAGUUUAUAGAAGUUAUUGACUGGUCUCACUGUCUGUUUGCAGAAAAUGCUUGAAUACCUGAAGGAUAAGAAGGAUGUUGGCUUCUUUUUGAGUGUCCAGGCUCUAAUGCAGACAUGCAGGUUUUUGUCUUCACCCCUGAAUUACUCAAGUAUAGAGUAGAACUUACAUACUAGAAAAUGGAGUCAACAGCUUAUGAAGUUUGAUAAAAGGUGACUGUAUGCUUAGAAAAGUGUUGUUUUUCAUGACAGUGUCCUGGACCUGAAUGCCUUUGAGAGACAGAACAAGGCAGAGGGGCUGGGUAUGGUGUCGGAGGAGGGAACAAGUAAGUCUUUAAACCUCUGACCAUACUGGACACUGGUACACCACCUUUGCCCCACCUUGCACCACCUUUGCAUCCAUGUCCUGUCCAGGCAAUCACACACACGUUCAGUAUCAGGGACCUAUGGUCACUGAGGGAUAGUUCCUCCACUUCAUUCCUCCAUCUUAUGAAUGUUCAGUUGUAGUAACAUCCAUAAACUCUGCUGUCCAAUAAUGAUUGAAUGAUUAAAUGUUUUGAUCUAACUGUGUAAUUUUGUCAGAUGGUGAUUUGAAUUUACAGAGUGUCUGUCUAGUACUGUAUUUUGACUCGCUAAUAUUUUGUGUUGUUUACACUCUGUUUAUUUGUAGAAUAUUUUGUAAGUGUAAUAUUCUUGUAAACUAAUUUUAGAAUUAUUGACAGUAGAAUGUUGUUAACCACCCCUCCCAACUCCUAAGUAUUCUACUGUUGUCUGUCAACUCACUGGCCCUCUCUUUCCCUACCUUGCCAUCAUUGCGUCUCUCCCUCCCCUCUCCCAUUCCCUCCUUUGCUGGUCCUCAGACAUGAAGUCAGAACGGGGUAAAUGAUACCUCUGUCUCUCUUUUUUUCUCUCUUUUCUCUUGCUCUCCCUGUCACCUUCAUCUUCUUUCUCUCUUUUUAAUUAUCUCGUGUUGUGGAGCCCACCUCUAUUCAAUUUCACACUCAAGGAGUUUAUGAAAUAACUUUUCAGUCAUGUCAAGUAAUGCCAAUGCCAUUUUAUUCUUCAGGUAAAUACAUUUCUAUGUAUACAUAGCAAACUUAUUCAACUCUCAAAGAGUAAUGUGCACUAGCAACAGACAAUGACUGAAAAGCAUUCUUUCCCCUUGAGUGUCUAACCACAGAUCUACUGAAACUCCGAAGCACGGAAUCAAUAUCUGAAUCCAUCGAUCUCUCAAAUUCAUCCUCGCUAACCCUGGUCCCUGGCCAUGAUCCCCUAUAAGCCCUUUGUGUCUGCCCCACCCAACUCUGUGAACCAUCACAUGACUUACACUGUAAUCCCCCCCACAAUGACAUCAACCCUCCUCCUAUUUACCUUGGUUGGACAGAACUCCAAACUCUGGCCCUAACCUACGCUCAGUGGAGUUAGGAGUGCAGUAGGUCUGUGAUGCAUGACUGUGUGUCUGCAUGCACUGACUUAAGGAACUGAGGGAGUGAACUUCUCCAUACGUUGUAUGUCUGUAUACCGUGAUGUCCAUUGUAUCUAUACAUGUUGAUGUGACCAUGUACUUUUAUGUGUGUAUACUGUGUAUGUAGUAUACUGUGUUUUCAGUGUUUAUGGACAACGGUUUGUGUAUGUGACAUAAUGGUGUUUGAUUGUGUGUCUAAAAGUGCAGAGGUUUUUUAUCAUAGCUUGCUGCUGUGAAUGUGCUUUUACAGUACAUGCCAACCUAUUGGCUAUGAUUCAGCAAGAGGUUUUCUAUUUUGUAUUUACAGUAAACAACCCAGUAUCAACUAAAACUGUUGUUCAUCUAUGUUGCCAAGGUGAUCAGAAAGAUGGACAGUCUGUAAGGAGGUUAUUGCAGCUCUUACUAAUACGAUUACGCAGACGUGAUGGAGAGCUGUGCAAUGCUCAUCACACUCACCUUAUUGCUGCUGACCAUGGCACACACAGGCUAACACUCUGAUGAAUGGCUCAAAUUCUCUAGUUAGCCUCCAGCCUACGCUGCACACAGAUAGAGGUAGCCUGACUGAACCCCCCUACUCUUAAAGAUGUCCAGUACUCCUAGAACUAGUGUGAUGCUCUCUCCCUUUGUCUCGCCCCCUCCAGGUGAGAAAGUCAUGUCGGAUGAUGAGUUUACCUGUGAUCUGUUCCGCAUGUUGCAGCUGCUCUGUGAGGGCCACAAUAACGGUGAGAGGAAUUAUGCCAAUGGUGUUCUAUUUAGGGAAUGACAGAUUUAUCAUUGAAUCGUGACUUGAAUAACGAUGCUGUAAUGCUAAUCAAAAGUUGGCGGUCUUUGAGUGGACUCUUACUGUAUGUUUUGUCUCAGAUUUCCAGAACUACUUGCGGACACAGACAGGCAGCACCACCACUAUCAACAUCAUCAUCUGCACUGUGGAUUACCUACUCCGACUGCAGGUACUGGCACUCUGACUAUAAACACAUACCUGUUAAAGAGGUGUCCUGUUAUCCCUUUCACCAUGCACGUAUUUCUCUCUCGCUCUCUCUUCUCUCUUUCUCCUCUCUUCUAUCUCUCUAUCUCUCUAUCUCUCUAUCUCUCUCUCUAUCUCUCUAUCAAAUCUAUCUAGGAGUCAAUCAGUGAUUUCUACUGGUAUUAUUCUGGGAAAGAUAUCAUUGAUGAGCCAGGCAAGAAGAACUUCUCCAAGGCCAUGACAGUGGCUAAACAGAUCUUCAACAGUCUGACUGAGUACAUCCAGGUGAGUAUAAACCCAUGAAUCUGUACAGUAUGUAGAUGACUGGAUGUUACUGGGUAUGGUAUGUGUGUGACCGUACCUGGUGUUCUCCCUCAGGGUCCGUGUACAGGCAACCAGCAGUCCCUGACCCAUAGCAGGCUGUGGGAUGCAGUGGUGGGCUUCCUUCACGUCUUUGCCCACAUGAUGAUGAAGCUGGCACAGGUACAAGCUACCUGCCUCAACACAUACACAUCUCUCACCAUACAAAACACAGCGAGCAGCAUUUAGAAACCACAAAUGAUCUACCUUAAGCAAACAUUGAUUGGUUGUGCAUGAGGAAAUGACAACUUGUAUAUCACACACGUAUCUGAUAUGUAAACAUACAAAUCUGUAUGUGUUGUAGCUAGUAUACACUGCUUGCUGUGCACAAAAUACAGUAUCAACUUGCAACUGCACUUUAUAAUAGAGCAUUGUGGUUUCACGAUCUAAGUGAUCCGUGUUACCAUUGCAGGGGUGAGAAUUUGCUAUGAACUUACACUUGACUGCCAACUUUGCAUUUAACAAACACUUUUCAAGCCAACAACUUGAACACUUUUGUUGCAUUGUUUGACUGAUAAGUCUGUAAUUUCUAAAAAAAAAUAUAUAAUUACGGUAGAAGUAGUUUGUAGAAACUGAAUCUGGAAUGGUGAACUAAAUCGUAUUGUGAUGAAAGCGUCCGCUCUUACUCCCAUGCAUAAAGCAACCCCCCUCACAGAUAUCUCCUCACACUGUCUUUCUAACUGACAUUCACACAAAUGCACUGGCUUGCAGACACACCAAAUACAUGACUAUGGCACACUAUUGAACAGUGGUAAUUGAAGAAAUUAACGGCAUAUUUGUAUCAUACUGUAAGUAUGUUAGUUACUUACGAGUAAAUAGUUAGUAGAUUGAUAAAUGAUAUGUACAGUACUUAUAAUUACAUAUAUUAGUGUUGUAAUGUUAGUACGUAACACCUUGAUAAAAGUUUAACAGUAAAAACCACGUGGACAAAGUAUUUUGAAAUGUAGCACUGUCUUUACGUUUUUACUCUGCUUACAAAUCUUAGGAGAUAUUGAUUAUGUAAACUGUCUUUCACAUGGUCUAUGCAGGGUAAAGUAUGUAUUCAUUUUAUUUAUCUAUUAUUGACGUGAUUGAGUUUUUACCAGUUUUGUCCUGAUUCAUCCCUGGUUUCCUUUUUUUCGGUUUGUUUUAUACUCACCUGCCUUUUAAAGCUGGAAUAAGAACUAGAAAAGUACUUAUUUUUUGUCAUGCAAUAUUGUAUGUCAACAUCCAAAACAAUUAAAACAACUGAAAACAACCUACUGCAACAAUGAAAGGCAGAGGUCCACAUUGUUUUAUUUGGUUAACGUCAAGUGCUUUAUAAAAUUCCAUUACUAACCUACCUGCUGUAUAUUGGAUUCUCAUUCCAGACUUUACUCAACUUCUUUAAAGUGGCAAUCAGCAGUAGAAUCAAUAACAAAGCGUUUUCCCACGCCCCGUUUCGGUAAAAAGCUGAGGGAUGGGGCUGGAGAAAUGUAACCCCUCUCAAAUUCAUAGACAGAGCUAUAGAUGCAAGGACUGACCAUACGUUAUAUCAAAAUGACAGUUUUAACCAUGUUUUUGUUUACAUGUACUUUGUUUACAAACAUUGGCGUAAAACAAGCUUAUAUUUUGGGUUCUGAUAGGGUACGACAGUUGAACUAAGCUCAUGAGGCAUUUAUAAGUGAUAUUCUUCAAGAAUCAAUGGGUACAUAUCCUUAAUUUAUUAAUUUAAUUUAAGUCCAAAAAUGGAUGUAGCAACUGCCGAUUGCCCCUUUAAUGGUCUGCGUUAGGGAUAGUAACGUGAAAUUCUUAAAAGCAGGUGAAUGUAAAGCUAACUGAAAAAAGGGACAGCCCUUUAACAAUCCCUGAUGGAGCCUACACUGUAUUAAUCUGCCACUCCGUGUGCACUCAUUAUACACAGUAAUGUAUGGUUGGCUGUAUGCUGUUCACUUCUGACAUGAUGCUUUCUCACUAAUUCUAACAUUGCUCCAGCAUAACGUUGGAGAUGCAUGCUACUCUCCAGUCUUUCUGUGUAAAAUGAAUAUUAUUUUUCAUUUUUAAUAAUUUAAACUAAUGUUGUUGGCCAAAAACCAAGUGAACAUACAGGUUCUCUUGAAUUGUAAGUUGCAUACAUGUAAAAUGUAAGUUGAUGUGUGUGGUAAAACAAAAUCCCUGAUUUGUUAAUUGUUUACAAUGAAAUAUUUUAAAUGUGUAUCUCAAUAAAAUGCAAGCAAAGGAUCAUCUUAAGGGUAAGGUGUUAUCCUUUUAACCUUCAGCUCCUUCUGUCUUACCAUGGAGACAUAAGCAUUUACUCGAAUGGCAGUUUUGUACCAGUUCAUCAUCUAUUUCUUAGAGUACAUACAGGUAACUGCCAAAAUAAAGGGAACACCAGCAUAGUGUCUUAAAGGCCGUUGGCCGCAAGAACAGCUUCAAUGCGCCUUCGCAUACGUUUCUGGAACUCUAUUAGAGCGAUGCGACACCAUUCUUCCAUGAUAAAUUCCACCAUUUGGUGUUGAUGGUGGUGGAAAAUGCUGUCUCAGGCGCCGCUCCAGAAUCUCCCAUAAGUGUUCAAUUGGGUUGAGAUCUGGUGACUGAGACACACACAGACACACACUUUAAACCCCCUAUGCUCCUGUGAGACCCCGCUUUCAAAGUCACUGAGAUCUCUUCUACCCAUUGUAGCCAAAAUAAUGGGCAACUGGGCAUUUUUAUACAGGACCCUAAGCAUGAUGGGAUGUUUUAAUUGUUUAAUUAACUCAGGAACCACACCUGUGUGGAAGCACCUGCUUUCAAUAUACUUUGUAUCCCUCAUUUAGUCAAGUGUUUCCUUUAUUUUGGCAGUGAUCUGUAUAUACAGAGCAGACCUCAGAUGACGUACAGGAUAAGUUAUUUAACCACUGUGGGUGAAUUUAUCAAAGAAGAUACAGGAUGGCUCUUAGGAGUGGUAGAGCACAUAGUCAGUGGCAAAGGACAUUUUAUCAGCAGAUUCAUAUAGAUUUGGAGACUCAUUGUGCUGGUGAACUCAUUGAAUACUCAUUAAUGAAAGGUGUUUACACUGAAAUCCAAACCAUAUGGGUUCAGGCCAUCCCAUUACUGUCAUACUGCAUGAAUACUUCUAGAUUCUCUAGCAAUGUGAGAUUCCAUUGGCAUAAGAAUUAUCUUCACUAUCAUUAUAAGUCUACAGGCCUGAAAUGCACAGUUGUAACACUAAAUGUAAUUGUUGUGAAGUGUUCUGUGCAGUGCCUUUAGAAAGUAUUUACACCCCUUUACUUUUUACACAUGUUGUUGUGUUACAGCCUGAAUUUAAAAUGGAUUCAAUUGAGAGUUAUUGUCACUGGCCUACACACAAUAUCCCAUAAUGUCAAACUGGAAUUAUGUUUUUCAGCAUAAAUAAUGAAAAGCUGAAAUGUCUUCAGUCAGUAUUCAACCCCUUUGUUAUGGCAAGCCUAAAUAAGUUCAGGAGUAAAAAUGUGCUUAACCUCUUAAGGAUCGGACCCUUUUUUUCAAUUUUCGUCUAAAAUGACAUACCCAAAUCUAACUGCCUGUAGCUCAGGACCUGAAGCAAAGAUAUGCAUAUUCCUGAUACCAUUUGAAAGGAAACACUUAGAAGUUUGUGGAAAUGUGAAAUUAAUGUAGGAGAAUAUAACACAUUAGAUCUGGUAAAAGAUAAUACAAACAAAAAAACAUGGGAUUUCAUCAUGAGGCCAAUGGUGACUUUAAAACAGUUACAGAGUUUAAUGGCUGUGAUAGGAGAAAACUGAGGACGGAUAAACAAUAUUGUAGUUACUCCACAAUACUAACCUAAUUGACAGAGUGAAAAGAAGGAAGCAGUUACAGAACAAAAAUACUCUAAAACAUGCAUCCUGUUUGCAACAAGGCACUAAAGUAAUUCUGCAAAAAAUGUGGCAAAGCAAUUAACUUUUUGUCCUGAAAACAAAGUGUUAUGUUUGGGACAAAUCUGAGUACCACUCGCCAUAUUUUCAAGCAUCGUGGUAGCUGCAUCAUGUUAUGGGUAUGCUUGCAAUUGUUAAGGACUGAGUCUUUCAGGAUAAAAAAUAAACGGAAUGGAGCUAAGCACAGGCAAAAUGUGUGGUCCUCUGUAGCUCAAUUGGUAGAACAUGGCGCUUGUAACGCCAUAGUAGUGGGUUCGAUCCCCGGGACCACCAAUACCUAAAAAUAAAUGGAUGCAUGCAUGACUGUCAGUCGCUUUGGAUAAAAGCGUCUGGUAAAUGGCAUAUUAUAUUAUAUUAUAAAAUCCUAGAGGAAAACCUGGUUUGGUCUGCUUUCCACCAGAUACUGGGAGAUGAAUUCACCUUUCAGCAGGACAAUAACCAAAACACAAGGCCAAAUCUACACUGCAGUUGCUUACCAAGAAGACAGUGAAUGUUCCUGAGUGGCCGAGUUAGUUUUGACUUAAUUCUGUUUCGGAAAAACUAUGGCAAGACCUGAAAAUGGUUGUCUAGCAAUGAUCAACAACCAAUUUGACAGAGCUUGAAGAAUUCUUAAAAUAAUAAUAGGCAAAUAGUGUACAAUCCAGGUGUGGAAAGCUUUUAGAGACUUACCCAGAAAGACUCACAGCUUUAAUCGCUGCCAAAGGUGAUUCUAACAUGUAUUGACCCAGGGGGUUAAAUACUUAUCUAAUCAAGAUAUAUUAGUGUUGAACUUGACAAUUAAAUCCAUUUUAAUCCCACUUUGUAACGCAACAAAAAAAGUCAAGGGGUGUGAAUACUUUCUGAAGGCACUGUAUGUGUUUGUGCUCGUAGGACUCCAGCCAGAUUGACCUGCUGAAGGAGCUACUGGACCUCCAGAAAGACAUGGUGGUUAUGCUACUCUCUCUACUGGAGGGUAAAAAUACAUUUUCAUGACAAUCUUUCUGCUGUUUCUGCCUUUUCUCUUUCAUUUCUCUCACCUCCUUCAUUAUUUGCUUCCAUUUUAUGCCAUGUUUCAGGUAAUGUUGUGAAUGGCACCAUUGCCCGUCAGAUGGUGGACAUGCUGGUGGAGUCCUCCAGCAACGUGGAGAUGAUCCUCAAAUUCUUUGACAUGUUCCUCAAACUGAAGGACAUUGUGGCGUCAGACGCCUUCCGUGAUUACGUGACCGACCCCCGAGGGUUGAUCUCUAAGAAGGACUUUCAGAAGGCAAUGGACAGCCAGAAACAGUACUCUCCCUCUGAGAUCCAAUUCCUUUUGUCCUGCUCAGAGGCCGAUGAGAAUGACAUGAUCAACUUUGAGGAGUUUGCCGACCGGUUCCAGGAGCCAGCUAAAGACAUUGGCUUUAACAUUGCAGUAUUGCUGACCAACCUGUCUGAACAUGUGCCUCAUGACCUCAGGCUGAAGAACUUCCUAGAGCAGGCAGAGAGUGUACUCAACUACUUCCGCCCCUUCCUGGGACGUAUAGAGAUCAUGGGUGCCAGCAGGAAGAUAGAACGUAUUUACUUUGAGAUCAGUGAGGUCAACCGCACACAGUGGGAGAUGCCUCAGGUCAGAGAGUCUAAACGACAGUUCAUCUUUGAUGUUGUCAAUGAGGGGGGCGAGUCUGAGAAGAUGGAGAUGUUUGUCAACUUCUGCGAGGACACCAUCUUUGAGAUGAACAUCGCCUCCCAGAUCUCAGAGCAGGAUGAGGAGAAGGAGGAGGAUGAUGAUGAUGAGCCGGCUGAAGGAGGAGCUGAGGCAGCAGGAGGAGGGGGAGAUGAAGAGGGCAAUGGAGAGGAAGGAGAGCCAGAGUCCAGCUCUGCCUUUGCAGACUUCAUCAACAGCUUAUUGAACUUCCUGAGUAUCUUCACCUUCCGUAACCUGCGCAGGCAGUACCGCAGGGUGAGGAAGAUGACUAUCAAGCAGAUAGUGGUAGGUCUGGCCACCUUCUUCUGGACUAUCCUCAUUGGCAUCCUGCACUUCAUCUACAGUGUAUGUAAGGGCUUCUUCAUGCUCAUUUGGCAAACUCUAUUUGGAGGAGGCCUGGUGGAGGGAGCCAAGAACAUCACAGUGACAGAGAUCUUGGCCAGUAUGCCCGACCCCACCCAGGACGAGGUGCAUGGGGACCUGCCAGGGGAGCCUGGGGCUGGGGAGGAGCAGGAGGCAGGAGGGGUGACUGACCAAAUGGACACAGGCGGUGGAGAGGAGGAGCAGGAGGACAACCAAGACAAGGAAGGUGGGGGGCCACCACGCAUCGAUGCUCCAGGAGGACUUGGUGACAUGGGAAUUGAGGCCACUGUUGAGCCUCCUACUCCCGAGGGUACUCCUUUGACCAGGAGGAAACAAGUGAGGCACCUUUCCUUUUUAAUGCAGAGACUAAAAAGUGCAUGGUGAGCUUUCCAGUAAAGUAUGUCUACAUUCACUUAUACUAAUGACCUUUUCUUGUGGUUGGCAGCAACCAGAGGAGGGUGCUGCUGCAGCUGCUGAUGGCCAAGCUGCUGAUGGCCAAGCUGCUGAGCCUGCUCCUGCUCCUGCCUUAGAGGAGCCCCCUCCAGAGCCUGAGAAGGCAGAGUGAGUACAUCAGGCCAUCUUCCUACCUGUCUUGCCUCCCCUACACUCUCUCAUCCCCCUGUAUGAACCAUACUGUACACGCGUUAAUGUUGUGGUGUUUGUUGGAACGUGCUAAAAACCAAACAUCCUAUUACUUAAUUUUCAGCACUGAAAACGGAGAGAAGGCCGAGAAAGAAGCUGAGACCAAAGAGGAGGAGAAGCAGGAGGAACCGAAGGAAAAGAAGACCAAGGCUAAGAAAGAUAAGAAACAACACAGGGAGCAAGGGUUCCAACUCUGGACUGAGCUGGACAUCCAAAGAAACAAAUUCUUGGUUAGAUAUGGCAGUUAAAUAAUUGCUUUCCUCUAAUAGUUUUUGCUGAUGUGGCAAUUUGGAUACUGUCAGUUCCUCUGUCCACCUGGAUUAAUACGACUUAUUUUGUCUCUUUCUUUCCCAGAACUACCUCUCUCGGAACUUUUACAAUCUGCGUUUUCUGGCACUGUUCAUUGCAUUUGCUCUAAACUUCAUACUACUCUUCUACAAGGUGAACAAAUGCUUACAUUAUAUAUAAAAAUGACUGUUACUUGAAAUACACUAUAUAUACAAAAGUAUGUUGACACCCCUUCAAAUUAGUGGAUUCGGCUAUUUCAGCCACACCCGUUGCUGACAGGUGUACAAAAUCAAGCACACAGCAAUGCAAUCUCCAUAGACAAACAUCAGCAGUAGAAUGGCCUUACUGAAGAGCUCAGUGACUUUCAACGUGGCGCCGCCAUUGGAUGCCACCUUCCAACAAGUCAGUUCGUAAAAUUUCUGCCCUGCUAGAGCUGCCCCGGUCAACUGUAAGUGCUGUUAUUGUGACGUGGAAACGUGGUAGGCCACACAAGCUCACAACGGGACCACCGAGUGCUGAAGUGCGUAGCGCGUAAAAAUCUGUCCUCCUCAGUUGCGACUCUCACUAACGAUUUCCAAACUGCCUCUGGAAGCAACGUCAGCACAAGAACUGUUCGUCGGGAGCUUCAUGAAAUGGGUUUCCAUGGCCGAGCAGCCGCACACAAGCCUAAGAUCACCAUGCGCAAUGCCAAGCGUCGGCUGGAGUGGUGUAAAGCUCACUCCUGGAAAUGUGUUCCAUGGAGUGAUGAAUCACGCUUCACCAUCUGGUAGUCCACUAGACGAAUCUGGGUUUGGCGGAUGCCAGGAGAACGCUUCCUGCCCGACUGCAUAGUGCCAACUGUAAAGUUUGGUGGAGGAGGAAUAAUGGUCUGGGGCUGUUUUUCAUGGUUCAGGCUAGGCCCCUUAGUUCCAGUGAAGGGAAAUCUUAACCCUACAGCAUACAAUGACAUUCUAGACGAUUCUGUGCUUCCAACUUUGUGGCAACAGUUUGGAGAAGGCCCUUUCCUGUUUCAGCAUGACAAUGACACCAUGCACAAAGCGAGGUCCAUACAUAAAUGGUUUGUCGAGAUCGGUGUGGAAGAACUUGACUGGCUUGCACAGAGCCCUGACCUCAACCCCAUCUAACACCUUUGGGAUGAAUUGGAAAUCCGACUGCGAGCCAGGCCUAAACGCCCAACAUCAGUGCCCGACCUCACUAAUGCUCUUGUGGCUGAAUGGAAGCAAGUCCCCAGCCACAGCAAUAUUCCAACAUCUAGUGGAAAGCCUUCCCAGAAGAGUGGAGGCUGUUAUAGCAGUAAAAGGGGGACCAACACAUAUUAAUGGCUAGGAUAUCCCACUGGCUAUCCUAAGUUGAAUGCACCAAUUUGUAAGUCGCUCUGGGUAAGAGCAUCUGCGCUUGUAACGCCAAGGUAGUGGGUUCGAUCCCCGGGACCACCCAUACACAAAAAAAAAAAAAAAAAUGUAUGCACGCAUGACUGUAAGUCGCUUUGGAUAAAAGCGUCUGCUAAAUGGCAUAUUAUAUUAUUAUAUUAUUAAAUGUGAAUGUAAUGAUUUUGGAAUGAGACGAACAGGUGUCCACAUACUGUUUGUUCAUGUAGUGUAUCUGACCAUCAUUUGAUUUGUUUUAUGUGUAAUACCAUCUCCAGGUGGGAAGUGACAUGUGGUUGUACAGUGUUCUGACCUAAACAUUACAUAUAACCGGUUUUAGAACUUUAAAUUCAAAUCACUUCCUGAAUUGACUGCCUUCAUUUGGAAUUGACCUCAACCCUGCAUAACACAUCAAGUGUUAAAUGUUCACAUGUAUCUGUGUUGUUGUGUCUCUGCCUGUGUCCAUUGUGCAGGUGUCGGACAGCCCCCCUGGAGAAGGUGAUGAGGUGGAGGGCUCUGGCAUGUUUGAGGGCUCGGGGGUGGGGGCGCUGUUUGAGGGCAGUGGGCUGUUUGAGGGCUCGGCAGAAGAGAUGGAGGGAUCUGGUGGGGAGGAAGGAGGAGACGAGGAGGAGGAGGAGGGCCCAGUCUACUUCUUCUUGGAGGAGAGCACUGGCUACAUGCAGCCCACCCUCACUUUUCUGGCCGCCCUGCACACAGUCAUCGCCUUCCUCUGCAUCAUCGGCUACAACUGUCUAAAGGUGAGGUUCAUGCAAUAGUAAAUACUACAUACUACUAAUUCAUACUACUACAUACUACUACUAAUACAUACAUACUACAUACUACAACAACAACAAACCUCAAGUGUAUCUGUGCCCCAUAACAGUUAGUGGGAUUUUUUCAUCAAGAACACGAGUGAUCUGUAUCAUGACAUAAACAUCUCAAUUACAACAGAGAAUGUGUGUUCCUCUCAGAUCCCUCUGGUGAUCUUUAAGAGAGAGAAGGAGCUGGCCAGGAAGCUGGAGUUUGAUGGUCUUUACAUCACAGAGCAGCCUGAGGAUGAUGACAUCAAAGGCCAAUGGGACAGACUGGUCCUCAACACACCGUAAGCAAGCUCCUAGAAGUCUACCUAUACCACUAAUAUUAUAUCCUUUCAGAAAACUUGAGGAAUUACAGCUUAAAUGAUGCACAUCUUUCCAAUUGUUUAUUCACAGUUCUUUUCCAAACAACUACUGGGACAAGUUUGUUAAGCGAAAGGUAAGCUACUUUUGGGUUUUGGAGGCUAUGUAUGUACAGUGGCUUGCGAAAGUAUUCACCCCCCCUUGGCAUUUUUCCUAUUUUGUUGCCUUACAACCUGGAAUUAAAAUAGGUUUGUAUCAUUUGAUUUACACAACAUGCCUACCACUUUGAAGAUGCAAAAUAUUUUGUUUUGUGAAACAAACAAGAAAUAAGACAAAAAAACUGAAAACUUGAGCGUGCAUAACUAUUCACCCUCCCCAAAGUCAAUACUUUGUAGAGACACCGUUUGCAGCAAUUACAGCUGCAAGUCUCUUGGGGUAUGUCUCUAUAAGUUUGGCACAUCUAGCCACUGGGAUUUUUGCCCAUUCUUCAAGGCGAAACUGCUCCAGCUCCUUCGAGUUGGAUGGGUUCCGCUGGUGUACAGCAAUCUUUACGUCAUACCACAGAUUCUCAAUUGGAUUGAGGUCUGGGCUUUGACUAGGCCAUUUUAAGACAUUUAAAUAUUUCCCCUUAAACCAUUCAAGUGUUGCUUUAGCAGUAUGCUUAGGGUCAUUGUCCUGCUGGAAGGUGAACCUCCGUUCCAGUCUCAAAUCUCUGGAAGACUGAAACAGGUUUCCCUCAAUAAUUUCCCUGUAUUUAGCGGCAUCUAUCAUUCCUUCAAUUCUGACCAGUUUCCCAGUCCCUGCCGAUGAAAAACAUGGUGUUCUCGGGGUGAUGAGAGGUGUUGGGUUUGCGCAAGACAUAGUGUUUUCCUUGAUGGCCAAAAAGCUCAAUUUUAGUCUCAUCUGACCAGAGUACCUUCUUCCAUAUGUUUGGGGAGUCUCCCACAUGCCUUUUGGCGAACACCAAACGUGUUUGCUUAUUUCUUUCUUUAAGCAAUGGCUUUUUUCUGGCCACUCUUCCGUAAAGCCCAGCUCUGUGGAGUGUACGGCUUAAAGUGGUCCUAUGGACAGAUACACCAAUCUCUGCUGUGAGCUCCUUCAGGGUUAUCUUUGGUCUCUUUGUUGCCUCUCUGAUUAAUGCCCUCCUUGCCUGGUCCGUGAGUUUUGGUGGGUGGCCCUCUCUUGGCAGGUUUGUUGUGGUGCCAUAUUAUUUCCAUUUUUUAAUAAUGGAUUUAAUGGUGCUCCGUGGGAUGUUCAAAGUUUCGGAUAUUUUUUUAUAACCCAACCCUGAUCUGUACUUCUCCACAACUUUGUCCCUGACCUGUUUGGAGAGCUCCUUGGUCUUCAUGGUGCCGCUUGCUUGGUGGUGCCCCUUGCUUAGUGGUGUUGCAGACUCUGGGGCCUUUCAGAACAGGUGUAUAUAUACUGAGAUCAUGUGACACAGAUUGCACACAGGUGGACUUUAUUUAACUAAUUAUAUGACUUCUAAAGGUAAUUGGUUGCACCAGAUCUUAUUUAGGGGCUUCAUAGCAAAGGGGGUGAAUGCAUAUGCACGCACCACCUUUCCGUUAUAACAAGUUAUUUUUUUCAUUUCACUACACCAAUUUGGACUAUUUUGUGUAUGUCUAUUACAUGAAAUCCAAAUAAAAAUCAAUUUAAAUUACAGGUUGUAAUGCAACAAAAUAGGAAAAACGCCAAUGGGGAUUACUACUUUUGCAAGGCACUGUAUGAAGUUGGUUGAGUUGGUCUCUGGAUGGAAUGGUCCAUGGUAUGUCUGUGUACCCAGGUCCUGGAAAAGUAUGGAGACAUUUACGGCAGAGAGAGGAUCGCAGAGCUCCUUGGCAUGGAUUUAGCCUCACUGGAUGUCAGUCAACAAACUGAUAAGAAGCAGGAGGAACCAGACAAUUCCACAUUGGCCUGGUAUUAACCAAUGCUGUUAUACAAACACUUCUCCAAUCGAAUAGGGGAGCUUUUCAUGGCCACUUAAAUUAACAGUAUAUUGUUAACCCUACAUGAAUAUUAGAACAUUUUGUUAUUGAAGUAAAAUCAUAUAUUUUUCAGGUGUACAUCUAUUGACUUUAAGUACCAGAUCUGGAAAUUUGGAGUUGUGUUCACAGAUGGGGUAAGAGGGAUUAUAGAUUAAUAGUAUUUUCUAUAUUUGUGCUAUAGAUGUAUUGGUUAUAAUAAUGUUAGUUUUCAUACUGUAGGUUGAAGACAAACUUAAUAUUAUUUCAAUCUUUUCCCCCAGACUUUUCUCUAUCUGUGUUGGUACACAAUCAUGUCCUUGCUUGGACAUUACAACAACUUCUUCUAUGCCUGUCACUUGCUGGACAUAGCCAUCGGUGUGAAGGAUCUGCGUACUAUCCUGUCCUCCGUCACCCACAAUGGGAAACAGGUAGGACCUGUCCAGUAACACUCUUCCAGCCUCCAUGGGGCGGCAGGUAGCUUAGUGGUUAAGAGCGUUGUCCCAGUAACCGAAAGGUCGCUGGUUCUAAUCCCCAAGCCGACUAGGUGAAAAAUCUGUCGAUGUGCCCUUGAGCAAGGUACUUAAUCCUAAUUGCUCCUGUAAAUCGCUCUGGAUAAGAGCAUCUGCUAAAUGACUAAAAUGUCAUGUAAAAUGUGUAGUGAAUGUGCUGCUGAUUCUACUCAUUCCCUGUUUCCCUCCUAGCUCAUGAUGACAUUGGGCUUGUUGGCAGUGGUGGUGUAUCUCUACACUGUAGUGGCCUUUAUCUUCUUCCGCAAGUUUUACAACAAGAGUGAAGAUGAGGAUGAGCCGGACAUGAAAUGUGAUGACAUGAUGACUGUGAGUCGGUGUUAUGUUUUCUGUCUCUGGCCAGCUCAAUGCUCUACAGUCGUACAGUAUGUGUGAGUCUACAUACUACUUCACUAUAUUCGAUGUGCUUGCUUCCCUCCAUUUUUGUCAGUGCUACCUCUUCCACAUGUACGUGGGCGUGCGUGCUGGCGGUGGCAUAGGGGAUGAGAUCGAGGACCCGGCGGGAGACGUGUACGAACUCUACCGGGUCGUCUUUGACAUCACCUUCUUCUUCUUUGUCAUUGUCAUCCUGUUGGCCAUCAUCCAGGGUACAGCACCGUCCCUCUUAUGCAUUCCAAAACACUACCCACCACUAUACAGUACCUCAAGCAAGGGCAAUUUCAGAUAUCUAGUCAUAAUUAAAACAAUUAUGACUAGCUAUCUAGUUAUAUUUCCAUUCUACUGUAAGGGAAGUGAUGGCUGUGAGUUUGUGUGUUACCUACAGGUCUGAUCAUUGACGCCUUCGGAGAGCUCCGAGACCAACAGGAGCAGGUUAAGGAAGACAUGGAGGUACAUAUAUUUAUUUAUUUAUUGUAUCUUUGGCAUUCAUCAGUUUUAGGUGAGUUUAAGUCAGUCAGAUAGUUAUGCACAUACCACCAUCUUGCCUACUGUUUCUGUUUAUUUGAUUCUUGUAGACCAAGUGCUUCAUCUGUGGAAUUGGAAGCGACUACUUUGAUACGACGCCGCAUGGCUUCGAGACCCACACCCUAGAGGAACACAACUUGGCCAACUACAUGUGGGUGUUCUCCCUGUAAUCAGUCAUCAGUGUGUGUCCAUGACCAGCUGCCAUCACACUGACCUGCCUGUCUGUCUGUCCUCUGCAGGUUCUUCUUAAUGUACCUCAUCAACAAAGAUGAGACGGAGCAUACUGGCCAGGUGAGUCUGUCAGUCUUUCUGUUUGUGGCACCAAAUGCCUCACAUUUAGUAGCCAUUCAUUUCAAUUGGCUGUCUCGUCUUUUCUCCUUCUGCCCUGGUUCCUCCUCUCCUCUGUUCCAGGAGUCGUAUGUGUGGAAGAUGUACCAGGAGCGAGCGUGGGACUUCUUCCCUGCUGGGGACUGUUUCAGGAAGCAAUAUGAGGAUCAGCUUGCAUAGCCAUACUACUACAAUUAAUAGGAUUAAUAACAUAUUAUAAACUGGGUGGUUCGAGCCCUGAAUGCUGAUUGGCUGACAGCCGUGGUAUAUUACACCGUAUACCACGUGUAUGACAAAACAUUUAUUUUUACUGCUCUAAUUACGUUUGUAACCAGUUUAUAAUAGCAAUAAGGCACCUUGGGGGUUUGUGGUAUAUGGCCAAUAUACCACGGCUAAAGGCUGUAUCCAGGCACUUCGCGUUGCGUCGUGCAUAAGAACAGCCCUUAGCCAUGGUAUAUUGGUCAUAUACCACACCCCCUCGGGCCUUAUUGCUUAAGUAAACCAUACUGAAAUAGCUGUACUAUCCUGUAUGGAAGUGAGUUGGGCCAGGGUGAAGGCACAUUUACAGUGCAAGACCAAUAGAGGGCUCUUUACCCUCUCCUUCCAAUAGCUCAAACACAUGCAAACUAAACUGCAUUUACAAGUGUUUGUAGCAAUGUCAGGGUGAAACAUUCAGUGAAAGUAAUUCUUGAAAUGUCAUUGUGGAAAUGAAUGUGGAAAAAUACUCUGUUUUGCCAACACACAAAUAUUCACAAUAAUGAAGUGCAUAUGCAUAUGUUAAUUUAGUAAAACUUCAGUCCCCUCUAUUAUUGGAACAAACUUUAAUAGUUGCAUGCGACAGCAGCAACUAUUGAUACUGUACCAAAACUGUCGUUAUUGGUAUAGUACUUUGAUUCCCAGCUAUCUCCUCCUACUCUUAAAGCAAGAGAUACCGGUACCAGAUCUAUUGGAAACACAACUGGAGUAUAGUUGAUGGUACUUUAUCCUUUAAAGCCAUUUACACUGAUGACACAACAGUCUCUUAGAUCAUAUUUUACCAGCCCACUGGAACAGCUCUACAACCACUACCCAUACAUUGAAUGUAUUCAGAGUACAGUAUUGGCUUUAAAUGCUCUUCGACUGCUGCUUUUCCUGAAAUAUUAUUUUUAUCUGUUUAAUUAUUACUAUUUCUCUCAACAGAACUGAUAAGGGUUACUGUGUUGUUAAGGUAGUAACUAGGGUUUGUGUAUUUAUUUGUUUUUAAUUUAUUGAAUGUAAUUUGAGGCUGACUAGUCUGUGAACACCAUGAAUGCAUCCAGUACAUUGUUUAGUUUGAGGGAACUCGCUACUUUGUUUUCUUAAAACAAAAAAUACUGGUUUAUUAAUGGGUUUGUUCAUUGAUUUAUUAAAUAAAGGCAUUGAUGCACUUACAGUAUGCUGAACUUUUCUUUCAGUAAAGGAUUAUACCAAUUUAUUACACAGUCAGUGCCAAUGGAUUAGUUGAUUUGGUUUCUUAAUAUUGGGAAGAUAAAUAUUUAUGUAGCAUGUGAUUGGUGGCUGCACAUUAGUGACAAUUGACUACAGUGUAUAUGUACACAACUGUUGAACCGUCCGUAACACAACAAAUCAAUUAUUUGUUUAGAUCUUGUUAAUUUGACUACACUACAGUAUUGUAGUGAAUUUGUCUACUUUUUCAGUAUUUCUUCUAUGUGCCUUCUUUUAACCUCACUGCCUAAAGACCCUCCGGUCCCAUCCUCCUUCCCUGUUGUCCUGUCCGUCCAGCAGGAGAGAGGAGGUGGGGGAGGAGGAGCAGGAGGCCUGGAGCUGCAGAGUGGGGCUCGACGAGGAGGCCAUCCAGCUCAGGCUGUCAAUAGAGUCAUUGAGAUAGGGCUGGGCCUCGUGCUGAGGGCAGAGUACAUAGCGUUCAGCAUGAUCAUGAUGAUUAUGAUGAUGCACCUGGAUGGUUUCUAG